GAACGAAACAAAACAAACUCGCCACCGAGUCUCUUUUGUUGAGCCUCGCUCCCCUCCCUUCUCCACAAACAACCGAAGCCGAGAGCUUUUUCUCGGUUGCUUGUUGCUAAAGCGGCGGCUGCAGGAAGAGGAGGGACCUAGCGGUGCCUGGCUUUUGGCACCACCGGGGGGGUGGCCGUCGGAAAAGCUGCUUCAUAGCCGCCCGGACCCUGCCCGCUUCGCUCGCCUUCCCUCUGGCGGGAGUUAUUAUUGCCUCGUCCUCGCGCCACAGAGGACGUGAGGGGGGAAACAAACCCACCCGCCUGUCAACAUGUCCCAGCCGCAGAAAGGCAAGAAAACUCCCGCCAAAGAAGGCAGAUCCGUAAGUAGCGGCGCGGGCGGAGAGGAAGGCGAGCGAGCGGACGGCCUGGGAGCGAGUCUGUCAGACGAAGUUCCCUGCGGUUGUUUUUAUUGGUGUGGUUUUUUGCCGCGGGGCAAGAGGCUGAGGGAGAGAAGCGGGCUGGGGGGCUGAGGAAUGUGCCCCCCGGCGCCCUGUGGGGCUGAGGCAGAAGGAGAGGAGACAAGCGAGAACAGUGGGUGGGGCUGGGUGGGGCGAGGGCAGCGGCGCAAGUGAGGGAGCUUUGUACGCGCGCGCAAGGUUGGCGCAACUGGCCCGUUACCCCUUCAGACGCAGCCCCUGAGGGAGAGGGUAGGCCAGGGAGUCUGCCCCACACUCGCCCCCAGGAACAUGGCAGUCCUGAGAGAAGGUGACAGUUCCCCUCCUUCCUAGUGGGGCGUAUUUCGGAGAGGGCCGCCCACCAACAGACGGCUAACAUUCUCGCUCCGGCCCUGGGAAGAGACGCAACGCGUGUCUUAUCUGCGCGUCUCGACUCAGGACUAGAGGUCCGGGCAGAGCUCGGCAGAGUUGUCCCCCGCGAGGGAUUGUGGGGAGGGAGACUGGCGGAGCGAGCGAGCGGUCUUCCUCCCCGUCGUAUCAUGGCGGGUGGAGAUUAAAGCUCAGGGCGGCUCCCUUAGGCUCUGGGUGUGUGAGGUUCGCUCGGUGACUAACCAUUUCUGGACAAAUUCCAGAGGGGGUAGCCCUUGUUACUCUGUUGAGGCGGUGACAAUGGCUGUAUUGUGCCAUUUUUAAAGAAAGAAAGAAAGAAAGAAAGAAAGAAAGAAGGAACAAUUCGGUUCCAGUCCCUGAAAGUUUAUGCCACACCAAAAUGUUAGUCUUGAAAAUGGCACAAGAUGUGCUGGUUCUUCUCUGCAGUUGGUAAACUGAAGGGGUCAGGCUUGCCCCGAGGCCCUGCUUUCUGAUUUGGAAGUCUUGCCUACUAACAGCGGGUUGCCUCUGGCUGCUCUAUUGGGAGGCACUCUGUAUGUGCUCAGAGGCAUUUGUCAUCAACACAUCAUGCAUUCCAGGACCAAACAUGGGCCCUGAAAAUGUGUUGCUGGCUGUAAGCAAGCUCAGUUGGUAGAGUGUGAGACUCUUAAAACUCAGGGUUGUGGGUUCGAAUCCCACGUUGGGUGAAAGAGUCCUGUAUUGCAGGGAGUUGGACUAGAUGAUCCUUGUGGUCCCGACUCUACAAAUCUAUGAUGGGUGAUGUAAGCAGCUUUCUAGGAUCCCUCCAGACUGUAUGUAUUUUGCAUUCAAGCACAUUCAAGAGAUUCAGACAUAAUGUGAAAUUUAAGUUGUGGCAAUUAAAGUAGAUUGAAUGUCCCCAUUGUCCUAGUGCAACAAAACUACUAUUAAAAAAGAAGUUUCUGAGGUUAGGAAACUGAUAGGGUACUACAAGGAACUGAACUGAAAUGUGUGGAAUGAUUAACAGGAAGAAAUCCUCCACAAGCAAAUCAGGGUUGAUGUUCAUUGUCAUGAAACCUCUGCACAAACAAAUCAGAAUGAAUGCUCAGUAAAAAACCUGGUAUAGUCCAAGUGCCACAAAAGGUUUGUGAAAGCAGAUCAGGGUGAACGUUCAAUAAAUAAGUGAUCUGGAGGAGUCCCUAGAGUGGGAGAGACAGCAAUCCAAUUGAGACCUAAGGAGUUGCGGCAAGAGAUUGUCCAGGGCAUUUUCUCGAAGAAAUAAAGGGAAAUGAUAUGUCUUGGGCAAUAACUCUUCACUUUCAAAACAACCAGGGAGACAAAGUUUAGAGCUUCUCCUCCUUUAACCAAGGAAGGCCUGUAGCUCAGGGGCAGAACAUCUGGCUUUGCAUCUAGAACAGGCAUAGGCCAACUCGGCCCUCCAGAUGUUUUGGGACUACAACUCCCAUGAUCCCUAGGUAACAGGACCAGUGGUCAGGGGUGAUGGGAAUUGUAGUCCCAAAACAUCUGGAGGGCUGCGUUUGCCUAUGCCUGAUGUAGAAGGUUCCAGGUUCAAUCCCUAGGUAGCAUUGGUUAAGAUCCUGAAGAGGUUCUGCCAACAGUGCUGAGCUGCAUGGACCAAUGGUCUGAGUCAGAGCCUGCUUAGAACAUUAUUGUUAAGGCAAGCCUAUUCAGACAAGCUGAUGUUCUUCAAUCUUUUUUUUACCCUUAUUUUUAAUUAUUUUUAAACUGUUCUAAUGGUCUUUAACUGUGUUUAUUUAUCAUUUUAUUAUUUCUUGUAAACCACCUAGUGGCUUUAUUGCAAUCAAGUCGUACAUAAAUUCUGUUAAAUAACUUUUUUUUUUAAAGAAAAAUAAGCAAGGCAGCUGCUUGUGUUUCUGUAGAACAGCAGAUGGCAGCCUGGCGUAGCUCAGUUCCGUGUUUGAUUUGAGACCAGUGUCUAAAGCCACAGCUCAGUCCCAGCCCUUCCCUGUCUGCAAUAAAGCCAAUCCUCAGCAUUCCCUGUCUCUGCCAACUUUCCCCGGUGACCAAGUUCUGCAGUUGCCAGCUGGUGUGAACAACCCUUCUCUUUCUCAUAAUGCCCCCUUCAUUUUGUCCAUAUUAUUACCGUGUGGAAUAAAGCACUUGGGGACAAUGUUGCAGUGAGGUUAAACCCAAUCUACUCUAGAGUAAGUAACCUGCCCCCUUCCCCUCAAAGAGGACCUGAAUGAUAUAAAAAAAACCCCUCCACACACAAAAAGCAUUUCAUUUACCUCUGACCAUGGACUUAGCAAGGAUUUAUUGGGGGGCGGUGGUGGCAGGAUUUAUGUUAGAGGGGACAGAACCGAUCUUUCUUUAAGUAUUUUUAUUAUUGAUUUUUUAUUUGAUUAUUGAUUUGGGGGAGGGCAGAUGCCUCCCCACUCCCCUGGCUACACUCAUGCGUCUGGCCAUGUGCAGAGUGCCUUUCCUUAGUUGUGUGCUGCCAACAUCAUCCCAUCCAACUGGGAAACAGAAUAGGUGAAGCUCUCCCUGGUAGUUGUAGGAGAAAAGGACAGAGCCAUUUCCUUCCUCCUGAAAGAAAGGAAGAGGAACAGGUUUGGGAAGAGGAACAGGAAACGUUGGGACCUGCCUGCCCACUAUGAAUUAGGCCGGGGGGGCAUGAAAUCCUACCUCAGGCCACACUCAACAUUUACAGUUCACACCAUACAUUGAAAGUGCCCACUCCCAAAAUUUCGGGAUCUGUAGCUUACAACUACAAACUACAGUUUAACGAACUACAGUUCCUGUGGUUUGGGGAUGUGUGCUUCAAAUGUAUGGUGUGAUUUGGUCUGUUUGGCUCCCUGUACAGUAUUUCUGCUUCGUUUUAUUUGGCAUCUGUUGCUACAUUUUCUCGUGUUUAAAUAUGAAUAAAUAUCUAUUAUUGGGGGGGGGGGGAAUGUAUGGUUGCACUUAGCCCAGGGCUCAGGCAGCGCAGCCAGCACCAGGGAGGUCCCACUACAGGUUCUGUACCCUGAAGGCAAAAAGAGCUCGCCCUUGCUCGUCACGAGCGCAGAUCUUCCCUCUCCCCCCGGAACUUAUGCGCUCCAAGCCCGCUGGGGGUUAACUUUGUGCCACUGCCGCCAAACCCAAAGGAGCAGCCGCAACAGGCACAAACACCCCCACCCCCGCCUCGCCCUUUCUGGCUUCACCGCCUGUGGAGGGGCGGGGCCGAUGGCAACAAGGGCCAGGCCACGCCCCCUUUCCCCCUCCGCCAACCUGCCCCGCCCUAGUAGAGGAAGCAAUGCAAUCCCGCCACUCGUCGCUGAGUUUGUGAGCGCGCAGUUGCUGCUACUGAAGCUGAAGUUUGGAGGGAUCGAUCGGAGAGGAGGAAGCAGGAACCCAGGAUGGCUUUUGCAAGCUGGUGGUAUGCGACGGUAAAUAAGAGGGAUGUACUCUGAUUGUUUGCUGUGGGUUUUGUGCUGUUUCUUUUUGGUCUUCACGCUGCUGACUGUGUAUAGAUCUUGUCAGGGAGUGUCAGUCAUCAUGGGCAAUUGUGUAGAUAAAGGGUGAAUGGAGGGGAAAGCUCAGCUGGAGAGCUUAAGUGCACACCUAUGCGCAGGUUACGCCAGGUAUGCGUUUUCCCACAGAACAGGAAACUUCACCCAGUUAUGGUAUGCGGAGGAGAGUAGCUCGCAGGAUUCCAUUGCAGCAUUUUUCACUUUAAAACGUGGGGAGCUUUUGGGGCGUCACAACAGAGGGAAAGUGGAAGUGGUUCGGAAGACCUGGGGAAUAAAUCUUUUGUGCAUGGUUUUUGGUUUUGGUUUUUUUGCCUGGAAUGUAAUAAAGUAGACCAUGGACAAUUUGUUUAGUACAAUACUUCCUCAUGCUUGUCAAGAAUGAUCGGUUGGCACUCAUGACAUUGGAUGGUUUGAGAGAAUGGCAUGUGAAUCUUUUAGGAAAUUAUUGGUAGUUUCGGGGUUUUUGAUGUGUGCUGAUAUUGUGACAAGUCAGGCUUUAAUAUUCCUUCUUAUUAUGGAGACUAGACAUACAACCCACAGCUAAUUAAAAUUAAUGACAGGUCUUCUAAGCAUGCUGUCCUAAGCCCACUUACCUGAGUGUAAAUGCCACUGAAUUCAGUUGGAUGUUCUUCUGAGUAGACAUGGUUAGAAUUGUAGUGGAACUUUUGGGCUGUAUUAUUGCAAAGUUUUAUAGAUUGCUUAAAAAAUCAGUUUUCUUCCCCCACCCUCAGUAAUGUUUUUAAUUGGAAAAGGAAUUUAAUUGGGAAAGCUUCGUUUUUCUGAUGCUAAAAUGACAGUAGUAGCCUUUACUGCAUUAUUGGAAAAGAGUUUAGCAUUUCACUUAAAAAAAAAAAAAAGCUCCUGGCUUUAAGAGCUUUACUUUUUAAUGGUAUUUCUGGCUUGAGGGCACCUCCUAAAAUAAAUCACAACUGUUUGAAGUUUGACAGUUCCCAUCACACAAGAUCAUCUCAAGUAAACCUGCAAUUACUAAAAAAGAAAAGAAACCAAAACAGCCAUCCCUUCAAUUUGCUGACCUUGAAAAUUCUAGUGGAUAGUUGUAAAAUUGCAGAAAAGGAGUGGUGGUGGAAUAAUACACCCUGAGAGAUCUGUGGGCAGAAGCAGGUAGCUACAUUCAUACAGUGAUAGUUAUCUGGAUCCCAAUUGACCGACAGUAUGUCAGUGUCUUGAUAUAAAUGCACUAGGGCCACUAAACUCAAUAUAAGGAAAUGGGGUGGUAUAAAUAUUCUAAACAGGUAUUGCAUGUAACUGGUUGUGCACAGCUGCAGGUGACUUGCGGCCACAUGUAAGAGGCUACAGUGGGGGUUGCUUAGGUUGGAGAACAAAAUAUGUGCCCAGCAUUGGAGCCAUAAUUGAGAAAUAAAAGCAAUUGACUGCAUUACUCAACACAGAUGCAUUUGUAGCACAGUUCUCCCUCAGAAGUAAGACCUAUUCAAUUCAGUUGGGGCUUAAUCCCAUUUCUGGAUCAAGACUGCAGCCCUAACCUCCUUUACCUGGGAGCAAGCCCCGAUGAAUUCUGUAGGACUUACUUGUGAGAAGACAUGUUUAGGAUUUGAUUACAAGUCCUGCUGAUUAAGAUAAUUUGGGAUAGGACUGCAGAUUUAGUAACUUUAUCCGAUUCGUGCAAAAUAUUCAAAUACUGACUUCCACAGAGUGUUUUUGGGAGGGUUCCCAUGACCCACAAGCUAUAUCUGGCCCAUUGCUUAAUUUUAUCUGGACUUCGGUUUCCAUCUUUGGAAAUGCAGAAUUGGCCAGCUAUCUGCUAGCCCAGUUUGUACUUUCAAAUCUCUCCUCAGGUGGUAGGUUGGCCAGCCUCCCUCCUGAGAAAGGAUGCAUUUGAAAGCAGAGACCAGAUUGGCCAACAUCUGGCCCAGUUGAUGCUUUGAAACAUAAACCAGGCGGCAACUCAGCAUUGGACAGCCUCCCACCUGAAGGGAGCUUUGAAAGAAAUCUCUGGCUUAUAGCAUGGGCGUAGCCAGGAUUUUUGUCGGGGAGGGCAGGCUUUUGUUAGGGGGAGGAAAACCUCAGUUAAGUAUUUUUAUUUAGUGGGGGCAGCUGCCCCCCUCCUUGGCAAUACCGAUGGCUUAUAGCAGGACUGGCCCACACAUUCAGUUCGGAAUGUACUAAGAGGAUAGAAAAAAGGAUCCCCCAUUGCUAGAGGGAAUUGAUUAGGAUAUGCAUACUUUUAAUUCAAUUAAUAUUAAUUUUCUUUCUCAGUUCCUGUUUUAUCUUUACAUCUGAAUCAAUUAGCUUCUAUUAGCAGGUGUAGAUGAAAGGUAGUUGGUAUUCUUAAUUAGACUUGGGAAUUCGGUAUUCUUAAUUAGACUUGGGAAUUCAAGUAGAAGCAUAAUGAAGCAGCUGUGGAUUGUCAUAUACAGAUCGUGCUUAUGGGCAUGUUGAUGGUAAGGACCACCCAGGGAGUCUUUGUGCAUAAAAUGUGUUGAACCAAACACCUCUUGUUAGCUCUAAAUUCUCCAGGCAGACACCUGAAGUAAACAAUCAUUUUUCUUGCAUGUUCUGGAGUAUUAUUUUUUCCAGGAAUGCGGUAUAAACUUUGGGCUUCUAGUUUUGCAAUCAGUAUGUCUUUAAAUGAAACAGUAAGAAUACACAGUCCUUUUCAAAACCACACAUUAUGCGUUUGUGUACAGACAAAUCUCCAAGGCUUGGCACAAUGUGGCUGGCCUGCUACUGUGCCAUAGACCUCCAGUCAACCUCUUUAUCUCACUUGUGUCUCGGUUAUGAGAAAUGACAUAACUUGCAAGUUUAGCAUCCCAGUAUGUAAAACAAAGGUCUCUUGAGUCCUAACUGGCUACCAGUGCUACCACUGAAAACCAAACAUUGUGCCAGCAAUCCACAGGUAAAUGAAUACUAAAGUGUCUGGCAAGGCCAUCAAAGUCAGGUAAUCAUGGGUGCUCAAGAUUGUAUUAAGAUCUUGUGCCUAAAUCUACUUCAGCAGCAUAAAGUUAAUUGCAGGGACUAAAUGUAGGCCAAUACAGGGCCAUUCCUGCUGGUAGGUAGGGUAGGGUGGCUCUCUCAUGUGGCUGAUGCUGUGUUUGUAUGUGUCACAUGGCUGUCCUGCACCUUUCCCCAACCAACUUGUUGCCCUCUAGCAUGGUGGAGUAUGCUAUCCCAUUGCCAAUCACAUGCAAGUGCAGUUGGCACCUCUAUACUGAAUGAAGACACACCAAUGUUUUUUUCAUUGGGCAGCAUCAUAGUCUUGGGAUGGCCCUGCUGUUCAUAUGGUUUGUGUGUUAAACAACCACACAUACCAAAAGGGUUGUGACAGAUAUACACCUGGGCCAUUUUGAUUGGUUUUAAGUGACUUAUUAAAUGCAAACGGGAUAAAAUGAACAAGAUAAGAUACCCCUUUUCCCAGGGCAGAAGCACCCGAACUCUCAUGUUGCAUAUAAAGGAAUCUGUGGUUCUCCAGAAGUUGUUGGGCUUCAGCUCUCAUCAGUCAUAGCCAGCAUAGCCAACGGUAGGGGAUGAUGGGAACUGGAAGUCAACAAUAUUGGAAAGGCCACAGAUUCUUCAUCUCUCUUAUAAACAGGGCAGUCAGAUAGCCAACCAGUUGUGUGCUUUUAUCAGCAAAGCUUCAAACUGAUACCAUUUGUGGGCUAAUACACAGCGAUAAUUUUCAGAAUCUGGAGUAUGUGAUAUUGCACAUAUGUGCUCAUGCACAGCGGAUGAAGCACGGCAUAACAAUUAUUUAUUUGCUUCCAGAAACUGGAUGCAAAUUUCAUUGAAAUAGCAGGUGUGUCUUUCUGCAUGUUUUGAAGAGGGAAGGCUGCCUAGGUGCCUUGAGUGACCUGAUGGGAUUUUCUCUUGUGGUUGCAACAUUUCCGGCAUCCUCUUGUGCAAAGUGCAAGUUACAAUUGUAUGUAUGUAUCUUGCAUAUUACUGUAUCUUGUAUUUAUACAUCGCUGUGUGUUAUAUCCUGGCCAAAUAGAAACAUUGCAUGGCUACAUAAUGGCAAAUGUGUGUUAUACCAAAUGCCUCAGUAUCUGAAAAUUACUGCUACAUACAAGUCAACGAAGGAUGAACUCAGUCAUGAAAAAAGUGAAGGACUGGCAUGAACAGUUGUGGUAUGCACCAUACUAAUAGCAAUGUUUCUUUGUAGUCCACUAAAUGAUACAAAAUUGCAUUUUUGUGCCUCCUGUUAGUUUGCAAGCAACGUUGUAAUAGCUCCACAUUUAACAAUACUGCUUUUAUUUAUUUAAUAGCUCCCUUUUGAUUCCUCCCUCCAAAUUUUCCAAUCUAACCACCAUUUUUAAAAUUAUUUUUAUUUUUAUUUACUGGGGCUGGAAAUACAGAGAAUAAAAUAUUUUGUUAGGAUCCAAGCCAAUGUUCUGUAAUUAGGCUUCUAUGAACAGGAAACAAAUCCAUCUAUAGGAGUGUAUGGGAGAGACAUUGAUUCCCUCCAGAAGCACUGCUUAUUCUGCUCCAGAGGGCCCCCCAACUCUUUGGAGCAGAUUUUUAGGGGGUACAAGUGCCUGAAGGAAGCCCCCCUGCUUCCACUGGCAGGAGCAUCGUGUAAGUAAAACUCUACUUGGGAUGCUCCUGUCAUCAGAAGCAAACACAGAUUUUGUGGAAUGAGAAGGCUGUCCAUGGAUCCGAGUUCUGAUAAAGAUGUUCAGCUAUGUGGGUGAGGUAAUACUUUAUGUACAGUGUCCUCUGACAUUUAAACUUUCCUUCAUCUCUUGCUGUGGGACACUUCUCUUUCAACACACCUUCAAAGUUGAGUUUGUUUUCCCAUUUGGCAUCUGUAUUGGACUGGAAAGUUAUUUUAUAUAUGCAGUUAUUGUUUUUGUUGCUUUAUAUUGUCAAUGUUUUAUGUGUAAUCCCCCCCCCGAUGCCUCAUAGAAAGUGAUUUAUAAAUCUGUUGUUGUUGUUGUUGUUGUUGUUGUUGUUGUUGUUGUUGUUGUUGACAUCCCAUCACCAGGGAAGUCUUCAUGUGUCUGCUCCAAAGAUAAUAGAAGUCAAUGAGAGAAAUCUUGAACAUGUUCCAAAUACAUUUUAGCUUCUGUCUUUACGGAGGUCUGUGCCUCCCAGUUUAUGAGGCUUACCUUGACUGAUCAAGGAGUCAGAGCUGACAGGUGUGGCCAUGAAAGAACAUGCUUUUAUGGCAUUUCAGUCUGCUUCAUUGAACGCUAUUGUUCAUGCUUGUGAAGAAAAUUGAAAACUCUGUUCACUGGAAUGUCGUGUUCAAAAGCUAUCCAACUUUAGCCUCUCAAAGUUUUCUUUUGAUUUGCUGUGGUUUUACAAGCUAAGAAAUUACUUGUAUUCCUUAGACUGUUGUUAAUAGCUCUCCAUUUAUUUGGGUAUGUUAAGAAAGUGUGGUUCUAGUUAAACAUCAGGUACUACUUUUGGUACAGUAAUAACAUCAAUAGCCAGAUAAAUGUUGGACUUUGGAUUUGUGCCGCCGCCUUUGCAUUGAUUCUCCACCCAAAGAAAAUAAGGGUUCAAGUUUCAAAAUUCUGUGACUGAAUGUAGCACAUUCCUAUAGCUGUAUGCUGCUCUUUAGAUGGAAAUCUUACUUACAUUGGUGGGAAAGCUGUGUUACAUCUGUGACAAUUUAUGACUCUUUAGAAUUUUUAUAGCUGGAUCAUAGUGAUGUAGAAUGACUGACUUAGGGCUAGUUCACACAUGUAUCUCCAGCACUUAUUGACUGUAGCGUCAUGCAGUGACUUGGAUUUAUGAAUGAGCCACCACAGACUCAUCACCAAUAAUAGACCCAUCACCUAAGGUUCACUCUAAGUUUAUUACUGUCCAAUGGAGAUAGUUCAGUUGUCUCAUUUAGAGGCAUCAAAUGAUAACAUAUCAAGUGGUGUAUAUGUGAACAAGCCUCACAAAAUAGUUCCUUAAAUGAAAAGCUCUCUAGGGAAGCAUGGUGCACUGGAAGAGGAAGUGAAUAUGUUUCUCACGUAAGAGCCAAUGUAGCAUUGUGAUUAUACUGUAAGACUAGUACAAGGAAGACCAAGGUUCAAAUUCUGGAUCAACCAUGAAGCUUACUAGACAAGCUUGCCCAAAGUCAGGCAAUAUAUUCCACUGAUGUAGUGAGGAUAAAGCAGUAGGGAAUCAUAUACACCGUAUUGUGCUUGUUGGGUAUAUAUGCAAUAAAACAAGAUGUAGGGGUAUAUAGAUGCAGCAUCAAUGGAUGGCAUAGGUCUUGGAUAUACCAACUGGAAUUCUUGGUUGGAUGGGUUUGUGUGCGUGCAGAAGAUCAAGUAUGUUUAUGGCAUGAUUUCACAAAGUUUUAAAAGUGCUAGUUCAAAAGCAAAUGCAAACACCUUGUGAAAUAUUAAUACCUAAAAUAGUGUGUGUUAUAGAGGCGUACACAUGCUGCAAGCUAUUUCCUCCUUUUAAUUAGAGCAGUAGGUGCUGGUUUAGCUGAUUAGAGAGUUCAGCACAUAAUUCCUGAAAUGUGUGCUUCGCAGGAAAAGCAUUCAUGCAAGGGGAGAUACUAUCUCCUGUGGGUUGAAGUCUCCAUUAUAUGCACAGGACUGUUGAAGUGACACAAUAUAAAGCCCUCUGUGGUUAUACGUUUUGUAUUAUAGAAAUGCUGCAUCUUAUACACUGUAUCCUAUAUCAUUCUCAGCACCAGAACAGUUACAGGCAAAUACAGUGCAAUUUAUUUGCAAGAUUGCAAAUGGUACAUGUGUAAAGUGUACAGUACAAUUUUUUAUAGAACUGCAGUUUGUUGGACUGAUAUAGUAGAUUUAUUAUGGUAGAUUAUUAUGAUUGUUUUUGCUGUCAGGUAGCCUCCUUAUUCACAUGAAGCUACAUCACCAAGGAUGUGCAAUGGGGUAGAGCACCAGCACCUUUCGUUCAGUAGGGAUGAGAUGAAGAAGAGGUAAAAUUGGGGGGGGGGGGAGAUCCAAGGUUGGCAGCAGAGGCCGUGCUGGUGUGCACACACCACCGGGCUGCUACCAACUUAACUCUUCUUUAAUCUUGCUGCCACUGCACCUGUCCCACCCCUCUCCAGGUGAGCAAGCAGCAGUGCCACACGGUGCCUCCCCUGUGCAUCACCUCUGGGUCACACAGUGGAUGUGCCUGCUUAGUUAGGAUGUACAUUUCUUGUCAAGCUAUGGGCCUGAUGAUUAUCUGAGUGUGUGAGCUGCCUCAUACAGGUUAAGAGGACCUUUCAAGUAUCCUGGUCCCAUGCCAUAUAAGUCAUGAAUGGGGAGCCUGAGGUUCUCCAGAAGUUGUUGGGCCUUCAACUUGCAUCAGCCUCAACCUGCAUGGACAGUGAUCAGGGAUGAUGGGGAGUUGUGGCUCAACAAUUUUUGGAGACAUACAACUGUCAUCAUUCCUGACCACUGGCCAUGCAGAACUACAAUUCCCCAUCAUCACUGAUGUAAGCCUCUAGGGGUCAUGACCAGUGGUUUGUGCAGUGCCUUCACACCAUCCCUGCACUCCUUCCUUUUUGGCACACCAUGACUGAAUAAUUUAAAACUAACUACAGUUUCCUGUUAUUUCCCACCUAGGAGACUAGGGGUACCAGGAUUUUGAGUGAAUUUGGAUCUUAAACAAAUUAAAAACUGUGUUUUCAGAUCCUGACCUGUUCAAAACAUAGUGACCAUAAGCUUUGGAUUCACAUGGUAUAGAAAGGGAUAUUUCUCUGCAAGAAAUAGAAGUCCAAAGUUUUAGUGGGUGUGGAGAGAAAUAGGUUUGUACUUCAUGGGUCACGGCCAAUAUCUUGGCUAUAUCAUUUGUUUGCUUUAAUUUACAGUUUGUCUUUAUGUUUCCUACAGCGUGGGCCUAAAAAUGCAAGUGGAUCAUCGGGAGAUAAAAAAGGAGCAGAAGCAGUAGAGGUAACUAUAAAACAUUAUGUUUUUAUUACUAGGAUUAUGUUACAGUAAUGAAUUUUGACCAAAAUCAUUGUGCUAGUCAAGGCAGCUAACAAACUCAAAAUGCAUAAAUAAUUCCUAUUUUCCUGUGUGCAAUGACUUCUAAUUGCUAUUCUAAAAAAUGUUUACUGGUGAAGGCUCUCACAGCUCACUGUUUGCUUAGAUUUCAUGAUUUGAAAAUAGCAACAAGUAAUAUUGCUUUGUUUGCCAUAAUUUAGAAGAUCAAAAGAGUGAUGAAGUGCUACAUAAAUAUUUGCAGCCCAAUAUCUGUAACUGAACCCAGUUGUAAUUUCAAUAGUGUGGGAAGGAAACAUAGUGUGGGGGAGAGCGAGGAAGCUGAGAGGUACAACAGAGCAAACUGCUUUGUUUAAUGAUUCCUACCUAGAGCACUGUAACAGGAUUCUCUCAGUUCAGGAGAGCAGCAAUCUGACAUUUCAGCCACACCAGCCAUCAUGUCACCUAAAUCUCUGAGACUUCCUGACUAAAUGGCAAUUUGCUUGUAACGUGAUCUCUUCUGCCUUUCAUUAGACAGAUGAGUAGAUAUUGUAUUGCCUGAAGAACAAGGGCUGCUGUAAUGCAUCUCCUCUGACUUUGUCAACUCAAUCCUUUCAUCGUCUAAGUUUUUUUUCAGCCUACCUGCAUAAAGCAGGGUGUUGUGCUGUGUUGAAUUCCGAGUUCCUGAAGACACAGAAACUGGAAAUGCAUGAAUAACUGUUUAUAGACAGUGGGUGGAAUUGAAUGUAGGGCUAUGGCAAUAUUUCCGUCCGUGUAAGCAUUUUAGCUUGCCGAGCAGAAAUCCCAUUGCACGAUUGGAAGUCCUUGUGUGGACUUUUGUUGGCAGUACUCAUUAGUUGAGUCCGGCUUAAUAGGUUCUAUGUUUCCAGCUAAGUCAUGCUCACAGUAGACUUGCAAGUCCACUGAUUUCAAUGGGUCUACCCAGUGUACGACUUAGGUGGAUAUGACUAUUAUGUCGGCAUAUCAUGGACAGCCAUUGUAUUGUACUUUCAAAGAAGAAAAUCCUGAGAGCUUAAUUAUGAAAACAACUUGACACACUUGCAUUUCCAUUGUAUUGAACAUACAUAAGUAUAAGAAAGCUAUCAAACAUUACUAGGAAUCAUUACUGGCCCCAGUCCAGGAAGGAGAGACAACAAUAAGAGGCUACACAGCCACUGGAGACCUUCCACUCCCUGCUCUAAGUUGAGAUUAGUGUUCUCGGUUAAGGAAUGGGCACAUUCAGCAUCUUUCUAACUUAGCCAUUUCUGCCUACCUUUUCUAUCUCCUCAUUCUGCACUGUCAAAGUAGAUAAUCCAUUGGUAGGUGGUAUGUGCACAGAGUAGCAGUAAUAUACAUGCACUGUAGGUACUUCCUUUUCUGUGUCAAGUUUUGAAUGCCUUGCCUUGUACAUUGCUUACUUCCAAGGAGGAGUUUGGCACUAUCUACUUGUCUGAAUAACAUUGGCAGUGCUAUGUUUUUGCCUCCUGAACCAAUCUUCCCUGCAUCAUGCCAAUUUUUACUCCUUGAUUUGGAAACUGCACAAUUUGUGGUAAUGGUGGUGGGAGUAAAAGGGCAAAACAAUUCUGGUUGGAACAUUUCUAUUCCAGGGCCCUUGCUGAAAGGCCAACAUGAGUGUUCCUACUUCAAAAUAAGUUUGAGCCCAGUUCUUCUAGGAAGGUGUGCAUUCAUAAUAUUAUUUCUAUGCAAUUUGCUAUUCUCUUAAAAUGUCAAACUUUGAAUGAAUGACUAGCAUCCCAAACUAACAUUUACAGGCAGGAGUGCCAGUUGGCCCUGAGACUGUGCGUGCCCGGGGCUGUGGGUGCCAUGCAGUGUGCAUGGCCCUGGUGCUGAAAUUUCUGAGUGCCCAGCCUCUUCAUGGGGAUUUUGUGGGUGCUCAGGCACCCAGGGCCCCAGGGAGCUGGCACCUAUGUUUGCAGGAUUAUAUAUCCAUGGCAUCACUCUCAGCAGUCUCAUGAACAAGACAACUGGUUCAGCCUGUAUGUUUCACUGGCCUGGCAUCUUCCCCUCAUACUCCCAAAAUUGGAUAAAUUCUACCCCAUUACUAAAUUUAGGAUUAUGAGGAGUCUGCCCCCCCAAAUCAUAACAGUAUUAUAGCACUUAAUAUACCACCUUUCAGUAGAAAUGCACAGAGUGGCUUGCAUAAGAGAUGUCUUUUUGGAGUUAGCAUCUGUUGGUUAUCGGACAAUUCGUUUAUUUUGUUUAUAUCCCACCUUUUCAUCCAAGGAACUCAAGGUGGCCUACAUGCAUCUAUCUCCUCAUUUAAUUCCAACUACCUUUUGUGGUAUGUUAGGCUGAGACCUUGACUGGCCCAAGGCUACCCAGCGAGCUUCAUAUUGUUGUGGCAUCAUUCAUCACAUCAUUAAUAGACACAGUCCUCAAAUUGAUCAUUAACUAUAAGAUGCUAGGAGAAUGGGUGCUACAUCAUUUCUAUGACGCUGUUUGUAGUGUGUUAGAUGUUUUUCUGAUAUAUGCAAUCUUACAGAGAAGAUUAUAUAUAUAUAAAUAAUUUAUGUAAUACAUAGUAUAUGGCCCAGCCAAUGCAUAGAAUAUGGCCCAGCCAAUACUAAGCACUUCUAAGCUAGGAAUGACUACCUGCACUGGUUAAAGAGAUCAUUAAUGCCUCUUUGAGGGAGUGGUGCUAUCUUUACUGAUGGAGGCCAUGGGUGAUGUGCUGUCUACUGUCUCACUUGACUAGAGCAACUUGGAAAAUCUCCAAUUCAGAUUGGAAGCACAAGUCACGGACAUGUAUCAGCUGUUUUUGUUACACUCUAAAACAUCAUCUGGGACGUUUGAUGUUGUUACAGUAUUAGUAUAUUAUUUACUAUUCUUGGGAAAAGCUCCAAGCAUUCCUGGGUUAAAUAGAUUUCUUAAGGCUGUUUCACACUACGUUUGGAUGGAAAUUGUUUGGCAGGUAUUAUUAUUAUUAUUUAUACCCUGCCCAUCUGGCUGGGUUUCCUGAGCCAUUCUGGGCGGCUUACAGCAUAUCUAAAAACAUAAAACAUCAAGCAUUAAAAACUUCCUGAUACAGGGCUGCCUUGUUAUUAAUUUGAUUUAUUCACCCUAAGGUCCCAGGAUGGGUCACAACAGUUUGAAAUAGAACAUUAAAAACAAUUUAAAGCAGCUUAGAACCACAAAAAUAGGGUGUGUCCUAAAAAUAUACAUCUUAAGGAGAUUUUUCAUGAGCUAGGGACCAAUAUGAAUAUCAUGGAAAUGUUUGGAGAAGAGCAACUCUGUGUGUUAACUUGACACCCAGUGUGAAAAACCACCAGCUCAGCCUGGUCUCAUUGACAUGUUUGAAUUCUUGAAUGAGAUAGUAACUAAGUGACUCCAAGGUUUUCAUGCAGGUUGGAUGAGAGUGGGAGAGAAGGGUUUAAAAAAUAUUGUGACCAGAGGAUAAAUUGCCUACGUGUGUGUCAGCAGUCUGCAGAUCUGCCUGCCUGUUUUCAUAUUAAGAUGCUGGAACUUUGACAGAGAAGGGCAAUUAAUUAAUUAAUUAAUUAUGUUUGCAUUGACUUUUUGCACCAUUCUUAGUUUUCAUCUUUCAAUCCAUCCUGUGUUAUUAAUAUAGGAGAAAAUAUGUAUUUAUAAUAAAAGGCUAAAAGCCAGGAGAAGCUCCUUGUACUUGAUUGUCAAGGCAAUGUCCUGUUUAUAGAGACCUACUUAUUUAAAGAGCCGGCCCAUUUGAGAGCAUUUCAGGUGUAGUAUUAACAGUGGUGCACUUUCGGUUUUCUGUGCCCCCCACCACUUGUGCUCCAUUCUACGCCACCCUAAAACUGCCUCUGGUAUCAACUAUUAUUUGCCAUGAUGUCAGGCAUCAUUUGCUGAUGCAAUCAUUUCCCCUUCCAACCUGCUUGCAACCAUGGUUUUCAAUCCUUUACCAGAAGUUGUACAUAUUGCUUGUUUUAUGUUGCUAUGGCCGUUGGCUAAUGCGAAUAAAGUUUACCUAUCCGUCACCAGAAGUCCCUGCCAUGGUUUGCUGAUUUUUUCCAAUUAUGACAACCCCUUGGUUAAUACUAAAAAGGAAAUCGAAAGGGGAGGACACAUCUCAUUCACAGUCUGUGCAUCACCUGUUUAAGCUGACUAUAAGAUGAGCAGAGCACAAAUCUUUGCAUCCCUUCCCAGGGCAGGUCUUUAUCCAGGGUAAUGGCAGAGUUGUUAUUCAGGAAAGGACAUAGCUCAGUGAUAGAGCGUCUGCUUUGCAUGCAGAAGGUCUCAUGUUCAAUCCCUGGUAUCUCCAUGUAGGACUGGGAAUGUUUCCUGCCUGGAGAGUCACUGCCAGGUGGUGUAGUGAUACUUAACUCAAAGGACCAAUGGUCUGAUUCAGUUUAAGGCAGUUUUCUAUGUUCCUAUUUAUAUUCAUACUUUCACAUGAUACCCAAAGAUUGCUAAUGAGUGAAUUAAAGUAAUUGCACUUUAGUAAACUGCUGACUACAAAUCAGUACAUCAUCAACAUGGCAAGGAAAAAAGCUCUGAAAAUAGGAUGCAACAUCUAUCUUUAUUGGAGAUUUUCCCUACAGCAUUAGUGUUUUACUUUUAAAUUAAUAUUUCAAAUUUUUUUUUGUCUUGUAGAAGAAACCUGAAAGUGCUAGCCUUACUGAAUCUCCUAAAACACAAACAAGUGGGACAUCUUCCAUCAGUAAGGUAACUUGAGUGGUUAUAGAACUGUUCGUCAUAUUCCUGGAAGCAUGACCGGCAAAUGCUUUACUAAUUAUCUAAUCUUGAAUGUUUAAGCUGGUGUCAUCUGUCUUUAAAUUGACUGUGGGUUCUUAUAUUGUUGACAGAUUGUUGGAAGCUGACUUUGGAGGGUUUGAACCUAAAAUGUGGCUCAUACAUAUUUUAAAUUAAUAAUAUAGAUGAGUGGUAUAUCAGUCAACUGAAACUUCAAUGUUCUCAGUGAUUCAGCCACUUUAAGUGUGCGUUUUAAGGCUAUGUGCAUUGGAUUCAUAUGAAUCCUGAAGUGUAAUGAAAUGCCUCAGAGGGAUCUUCUGCCUCCCUGAGGUGAAUCAGGAUAUGUACAAGUCAAUCCAACAAUGAUUUUAAAAGUGCUGUAGUCAAGUUACUAAAAUCAGUGCCCUAUUCAACAGAAUGAGUAGGAGGGCCUUGUGGAUAUUUGGCAUAUCAGAGGCAAAGCAGAAUCUCUGGAAGGGAGCACAGAAGUUAAAAGAGUGGGCCCUGAAGUGAGUUGUGAUGCCUUGACAAUACAGGUGUCACCCCUCCCCCACUCCCCACAAAAGGCUGCAGACAGGCUUCUGCUGAAACCGAAAGUAAUGUCUCUUAAAUUUGCCAUAAUGAUGGUGAAGCAAUGGGAGAAGGGCGAGCAAACACCAGAGUGGAGAUUUUCUGUCAAAUUGCCCAUGAAACACAAGAGAAGAUUAAGGUAAAGGUACCCCUGACCAUUAGGUCCAGUCGUGAUCGACUCUGGGGUUGCGGCGCUCAUCUCGCUCUAUGGGCCGAGGGAGCCGGCGUUUGUCCGCAGACAGCUUCCGGGUCAGCAUGACUAAGCCGCUUCUGGUGAACCAGAGCAGUGCACAGGAACGCCGUUUACCUUCCCGCUGGAGUGGUACCUAUUUAUCUACUUGCACUUUGACGUGCUUUCGAACUGCUAGGUGGGCAGGAGCAGGGACCGAGCAACAGGAGCUCACCCCGUCGUGGGGAUUCGAACCGCCGACCUUCUGAUCAGCAAGUCCUAGGCUCUAUGGUUUAACCCACAGCGCCACCCGCGUCCCUAGAGAAGAGAAGAUUAAGCAAGUCUUUUUUUCUUUUUCUUUUUUACCCCUUCCAAAACUGUAAUGGCUGUUCCUGUGGGAAAAUGACAAAUUACAGAAUGAUGUCUGCCGUGAGGAUUUAUGCCUCUGGAAGGUGUGACCUUACCUGCAAAUUUCAUCACAUUUCACCCCAAAAUAAAAAGGGGUUUAGACAUUUCCUUAAAAAAUAAAAUAAAUCAAAGGUAUCUAGCACAAAGUGCCUUGAUCUAUCUGUCUGUAAUUUGGUAGGCUUUAUUGACUCUGGAGGGGAAAAUAUGCCUGCAGAUUAAAUGCAUGCAUGUCAGAAGAAAAAAAUGGUUUAUAACCAUUGCUGAAUUUCCCAAAAGCAAAGUGGCCAGCAGGUUGGCAGACAGCGUGGACUUGGACAGACCCUGAGAUAAAUCGGGUACCUAGAAAGUGCUUUGACGAAAGCUCCAAAUCAGGGUUCAAAUGAAAUCAUGUGGCUGACGUACACCAAUUGCCUACAUGUAUAAAAUAUCUGAAUGAAAACUGCAGACUUUUGUGUUAAAUUCUGAGGUGCUAUGAUGGGUUCUGGGUAUUUCACAGCACUGUGAGGAAUCUAGCAUCAUGUCAAUCCCUUGAAAACGUCCUGCAUUGAGAUCAUCAUAAAACAUGCAUGCAUGUGCAGCUAUGUUUUACCUACUGGUUUCCAGGCACAGUUCAAAGCCAUAGUAGUAAGCCUCCUCCCAUGUCUGCUUACCUGUUCACUAAACUCAAGGAGGAAGGUCAUAGUGGAAGCGUUCUUGGGUGGGCCAAGGAAGGUGGCUUUCUCAGUGACUGCACCAACAUUGUAGAAUGGUUCGCCCAAUGAGGUUCAUAUGGCCUCCUUCUGAGUGUUUUCUUGUAAUUCAUGAAGACUUUUUUAAUUUGCCAGAUUGAAGUGAUUUUACUGAAGGCUGUGUUCUGUUUUGAGUUUUUAUUGUUGUGCUCCUCUGAUUUUAAUUAUUGUGAGUUGACUUGGUUGGGAGGGGUUGGUGAAGCAGGCUGGUAAUGCAGAGCUGCCACAAUGGCAUCACUGCCAUUUACCUGGAUGGUGUCAGGGCAGGGUGGUGGCAAGGCUGGGGUUAUGCGGACAAAUUGGUGUCAACACCAGUUGGCACUUUCCUAAUGGAUGAGAUUUCCAGAAGUUUAGCUGAGCCAUUAAUGCAGCUUGUUCAGUGUUUAUCUAUUUCACAUAUAUUGUGUUAUAAGAGGAAAUAUUUAUUUUUUGAGUGGUGGCGAAAUACCUGUAGGAAACUAUCAUAUUGGAUCUACCUUUUCUGUUAUUUUCCACCCUGACAGCUAGCAUCUCUCCAGAUUGUGGUUUUUGCCUGCUCUUCUAGCUAAGAUUAUUUUAAGUGGAAUGUCUGGGGUGGACCACGGAAGCUUCUGCACAUGAAGUAUGCACUCUGCAAGUGUGCUAUGGUUUGUCCCCAUCUAUAUAUUAUGCAUAUAGUAAAGAAAACCUGAAGCACUCCAGCUCCUAUAAGCUGUUGUUGUUGUCUAAGUUUUUAAUUUGUUCCCUGGCUCUAACAGUUUUAUGUGCAGCAAUAAAAUAUUGUCUGAUAAAGAGAAUGAUAGAUGUUCUAUACAGUGCACACUAAAAUGGCUUUAUUGCUAUAUAGAAUUCGAAAACAACAUUUUGAAAAUAUAGUUCUCUUCCUCUCUGUAUUCUGGAUUAAGAGAAAUUGCCAAACAAAUUUCAAUAUGCAAAUAAUUUGUUUUUAAAAAAUAUUCAGAAUAGUUUCAAAAGAUAUGUGGUACAUUGUUGUUGGUGUUUUCAUAUAACAGUGUUAACAUGCUGAAUAUUUAUUUAGAAAUCAAGCUAGAAAAAGUCAUAUUAUGAAGAGUUUCAAAGAUUUUUGUGCCCACAGAUUCUUCCUGGUGAAUAAACAGGAGCUGUGAAAGGGCUGCCUUAACUGGUUUUUGUAAUGCAUUUAUAUGUUAUAGAGCGGUCUUCAGGCUAUAUGCCAGGCACCCCCAAACUCAGCCCUCCAGAUGUUUAGAGGCUACAACUCCCAUCAUCCCUAGCUAACAGGUCCAGUGGUCAGGGAUGAUGGGAGUUAUAGUCCCAAAUAUCUAGAGGGCUGAGUUUGGGGGUGCCUGCUAUAUGCCUUUCCCAGUUUGGUUAAACAAAAUCCCCUGCCAGUAGGUUAUUAGUACUCCCACUUCAAGCUUCCUUGUGCCUUUGGUAGCUUUUUAAAAAUAAUAAUCAGAAAAUUCAGAUAAAUUUCAAUAAAACUUGGUACAGUAAUUCAGUUUUGUCUACUGUCUUCUCUUAACUACAAGCCACAUAAGUAAAGCACCCGCAUUUGACUUUGACAGCAAUUCCUGUUCCAUUUUGGCAAAGCCUAGCUGCUGCCUGUCCCCACCUUCCUUGUGAGGAUCUCUCAAGUUUAUUUGAAUAUUCAUAGGAGGUGGAGCAACUGAGCCUGCAGACUGAGUGUGUCUGCUUGUGCUGUUCGGAUUGGUCGUGCCGUCUUCACUGCCAUGGGUUUGUUCCAGGGGCUGUGUUAAAACUGAAACCAUGGCUAGAACUGAUACAAACUGAAAUGAAAGCAAGCUUGCGAUAAGGAUCCGGUGUGUUCUGUUUACUUAGAGCUUGGGAAGGAACAUACCAGCUGCCUGGAGUGAGUACUGUUUUUCCGGGAUUUUUUUUUGCUACUGUCAGUACUGCGGUCUAACUGCGUUGCGUACUUCCUGCUUUCUUUUGCUUCUCCAACCCUGCAAUGCUCUUUACUGCAGAACAUGAACUGCUGAAUUAGUUAGUGUUGUGCUUAGUAAGUGGACUGGAGUAUUUUAUUUCUGGAGUUGCAGAGUUUUACAGCUCUUAUUCUUGCUUUCUAGCCCUGAGAAGAAUAGGCUUUUCUGCAAGGGGCUGCUGACUAUCUGGUGUGUUUUUAUCAGAAAGGUUGUUGUGAAAGCAGUGACUUGUAAGAUUUUAGCAAAAUCUCGAGAGUAAGAUCUUCAUGGCUAUAGAUCUAAUGAUUCAUAAUCUUUUUUUAUUUUAAAAAAACCUGAAUUGACUGUCAUAAGCUCACAAUGGUGUCUUACAAAUUUGGUGUGUCAUUGCUGACUGUCUAUUCAGUGUAUAUUUGGAACCUGUGUAAUUCAGGGUGUGGUGAUCUGUACAGGAUAUCUCUCUCUCUGUUCAGGCAUGUCCAGGUAACUAUUGUCUCUACCAACCCAAAGGUGGUGUUUACUUAAUAUUAUAUGUAUAUUAUUCCAUAACAAUGAAGCUGAAUGACUAAAGCUGUUGCUAAGCUAACAAUAGUAGGAAAAUGUUUCCGCCCGACCCCUGAAAUUAUAAACAAUACCCCCCCUUUAAUGUUUUAGAAAACAAUUAUUUUCAGUUUUGGGGUUUGGAGUUAAUUGGCUGAGUUAAACUUCAAUCCUAAGCAUUCUUACCUGGGAAUAGGUCCCGCUCAACUCAGUAGAAUGUUGAAGCUGAAACUUUCUAUAUGAUGUCUCUGCUCCAGGAAGUGAUUUCUUCCAUGACGUUGAAGGUUGAAAUUGGGAGGCUUGUAAUGGCAGGCUUGAGUAUGCCCAUUUAUGUAUUAUGAACCAACCCCGUCCAAGCUGGGAUCUAGCUUAUCAUGUACUCUACUAAUCAUCACUACCACUGCUCUUUCACUCAAAUCACACCUGGCAAUGUAUGUGGCAACAAAGGGGGCAAGACAUCCAUUGAAAUGGCAUCAUUUUCUGUGCUCUCUUCACAGUUCCACCACCAUUUUAGCAGUGGAAAAGCUCUCUUGUUUAAGGAAAGGCAGCAGGGAAGAAAACCCUCUGCUGCCACCUCUUGUAAUCAUAGAACUGUAGAGAUGGAAGGGAUCCCAAGUGUCAUCUAGUCCAACCUUCUGUAAUGCAGUAUACCUGAAGGAAUUCCCCCCCCCCAUGUUCAGCCCGGACGCUGAGGUCCAGCUCUGAGCACCUUCUGAGGAUUUCCUCACUGUGAGAAGUGAGGUUACAAGGAGCCAGGCAGAGGGCCUUCUCAGUAGUGGCCUCCCAUCAGAUACCAAGGACAUAAACAACUAUCUGACUUUUAAAAGACAUCUGAAGGCAGCCCUGUUUAGGGAAGUUGUUAAUGUUUGAUGCUACAUCUUGUUCUUAAUGUUCUGUUGGGAGCUGCCCAGAGUGGCUGAGGAGGCCUGCCCAGAUGGGUGGGUAUAAGUAAUAAAUUAUUAUUGUUACUUUGUUGAUGGUGAUGAUGCAGGAGUCUGAACUAAAUCCAUGACUGAUGACCACCCAACUUCUGUUUAAAAACCUCCCAUGGAGGAAAGCCCACAACCUCCUGAGGGAGUCCGUUCUACUGUCGAACACCUCCCACCAUCAGAAAGUACUUCCUGAUGUUUAGUCAGAAUCUCCCUUCUUGUAACUUGAAUCCAUUGGUUCAGGUCUUACCUUCUGGAGCAGGAGAAAACAAACUUGCUCCAUCUUCCAUGUGACAGCCCUUUGGAUAUUUGAAUAUGGCUAUCAUAUCUCUCUUAUAAAUGUUAUGCCCCUGCUCUCCUUCAAAAAUGACUCUUGUUUUAAUUUUUCCCUCAUCUCCCUACACCAAGUUAUGGGAAAUGCCCAUUUUCCUGCGGGCCAAAUAGCUUCAUGAAACUUGGAGGUUUUAGAUAUGUGCUUUUUGGAUAACUAGCUCCAGAGCAUGGGUAUAGGGCAAUUCAGUGACAAUUUGGCUAUUUCCUCCAGUUAUCUUUGUGGUGAUGACCUUGACACCACAUGGUAGCUGUCAUUUGCCUGAAUCUUUGAGUGCAUGUUGAUUAUGCACUUUGGGUGUUUAGCAAAUAGGACUUGUUAGGGAGUUGAUGGCCUGAACUGGGAACCGCACUACUUUUAUGCUGGGCCAUAGCCCAUGGUCUGUGUACCAUGCUCUUGGGCCCCUCUUCAGACGUAGUAGGCAUAUUCAAUCUGCGGCAUCGCCCCAAAGACUGACAGGCAGUAAUAAGCCCCUGGAUUGGUCAGAUUUGGUCUAAAUAGUAGGAGCCUGAUCUUCUCCUGCCUCUUGAUCAACACAGUAAUACCUUUUGCUUGCUACUCUUUAGGCUCCUACUUCCAGCUCAAGACUCUGAUCUCUAGGCAGUGUUUGAAAUUAGCGAGAUGCCAGGCACAUUUUGCACCUGCUUUUCAACUGCUUCUGACCAAGUGAAGAUGCCUGGGUGCCAGGGUGGCACCUAACAUCUUCACUAUCUGGGGAUCAUUGGAUCUGGACUGUUUUCACACACUAAAACACCAUCCUGUAGAAUUCUAUAAGUUAUAUUUUAUCUGCACAAUGAGAAAGAAUUUCUGGAACCAAAAUGAUUUUUCUGUGCAGCCUGAGCAGGAGCAGUCACCAUUAAGAAAAAGAGACCAGAAUAGGCCAUUAUAUAUGUGGACUGUCCCAGGAUCAAGUGACUUUUCUUCUUUAACUUCUCAAAGCUCUUAAGCUAGCUCAAGGUUGCCAUCUGAACUCACAAGAUGUCAGUCCCCCAUUUGAAGAAUAAGACUUUAGAGCCAUUUGAAAAAUAAGAAUUUAGAGCCAUCUUGCCCAAAAAUGCAACUAGACAUUCCAUUUUGGUGCCUUCAACCUUGGUGUAAGGAACCAUUUGGCAUCUAGCUUAUAUAUCUAAGUAUAUAAUACUGUCUCUAGGAAGCUAAGGUAGAGAUAAACCCUCCAGGUCUAGAUUCAGGUGUGACUUAUGCCUGCCCUACCUAUACUGUGAAGCAUUUUUUAUUCUUUACUAACAGCUAUUUUAAUAUUCUAUAGUGGUGCUCUGAUUUUAUCAUGAAAAUAUCCACACUGUGGUUUUGUUCCUGCUGUGUUUUUGAAAUCUGAAAUUUCUCGCUCUUCCUUUUCCAGUAGAGCCAGAUUUAUUCAGUUCACCAGUUAGUUCACAAUUCUUUUAUUAUAAACUGGGUGUGCCUCUGGUCAAACACGCUACAAUCUCUCCCAAGUUCUGUUUAGCUAUGAAUCAUACAGUUAUUACCGGUUACCAGGCAACUCUUUUCAUAUUUGUUUCCAAGCCCAACAUAUGUAUUCACAUGGUUCAUCAGUGGCAAAACUUUGCUUGUUUAUGAACUCAGAUAGUGGUAAAAAGCUUUUUUAUUUUUUAAUGGCUGCUUGAUAAAUAUUUGAAAGGAAAACAGCAGAGGAAACAAAUAACAUUCUGUAGAGUUGCGAUGAAGAAAGACAUCACUGUAGCAUUAGAUGUGUACAAUGUAAAUGUUAUUAUUGUCUCCUUGCAGUCUUUGUGACAGAUUAAAUUUCCCUUGGCCACACUCUUGCCAUUUCUUCCUAAGGGUUUUAUUACACGUGGUGCUGAAAAACUAAAUUGUGACCAUUCUCAGUUUAAAUAAAAAGCUCCCUCUAGUUUCAUGUUCAGUUUCAAACCUGCUCUGUUUAUAGUCCAGUUGAAGAAAUGAUACAUAAUAUAGCUGCUGAUCCCAUCAAACCUCCUGUGAGUCUUUACAGGUGUGUGCAAGCUUAAGAUUGUUAUGUAGACCGUCACACACGUAGAGGGGAAGGUUUAUCUUUUCUCCCCCAGUUAUGACUGAGAUUAAAAUUGUCCUCCUCCAUGCUUAAGAAGCCUUAGCCUAUUAUAUUGUUCUCCCUGAGUAUCUCAUCUCCAGUCUAAAGAGUUUGCCAUGAGCUGCUGUUCUCUUUCCAUGAUUACUGCUUUGAUCUCAACACCUCACUGGCUCUUUUUUAAAUUUUUAUUUCACACUUCCCUAUGGUCCCUCUGAUGUUUAUUUGCUGCUCUGGAACCCCACAGGGCUGUUUUACACCCACUUGGGGACUGACAGUUUGCUUCCCCAAGUCCUGGAAUCCAAUUGCCUCAAAUCUGGCAGUUUGAGUAGGAUAGGUAUGGGACUUGCUUAUAAGGCAAGGGUGGUGGUAGCCUCUUCCAGAUGCAUGUUUACUCCAUGACAAUAAUGAAUGUGACUCAUUUUAAAGAGGCUUGGAACAGAUACUUGUCCUGUAUCCAGGAGGAGGAAGACUUUGUACAAGUAACUUGAUUAUGUGAAGGUGGCUUACUGUAGAAUGAAAGUAUGACUUCAUUGCCUAGCAUUUACUUGUUGGAAAAAUAUAGGUGGAUAAUAUAGGCAAAUUACAUAGUGAAAGCCUUUUGGCAUGCCAUUCAGAAUCUAUUGAAGUUGAGUCCAUCACUGAAGACAUGUAGUUAACAAUAGAAUAUCUGCUUGACACAUUUUAUGCAAUGAGGGUGCAAAAGAAAAUGGUUUUUCGAAUUUGGUAAAACAGAAAAUUUAAAUAAGGGACCUGUUCCAUGUGGCUCCUAUGUAAAUGUAAAACUCUGAGUUUGGACUUGCCAGAGCUUACAACCACUUAUUUCAAAUGAUAGCUCAGUUAGUAGAGCAUGAGCCCCAUGUUAGGUAAAAGAUUCUGGCACUGCCGGGGUUUGGACUGGAUGAUCCUCGUGGUUCCUUCCAACUCUACAGUUCUGUAAUUCUGAGUUUUAAUGUUUUCUUCGGGCCAGUUCUGGAAAGCUUGGAUUAAGAUGGGAUUGUUAGCCUGGUUUUUUCCAAUAAAUAAUUUUGACAGUAUAAUGACUCUUAAAGAGAUAAUUAUAAACACAAAUACAUCUCUGGUUUCAGUACAUCAUUAGCCUUCAUAUUGAAGAAAGGUGGGAGGGAAGGUUAAUAUCUUAACAUUAAUUGGUUUUGUAAGCAGCCUGUAAUAAUUGCUGCUCUGUGCCCUUUCAUUUCUCCUGUGUCCUUGCAUUUUUCUUAAGUCUAGCAAUGUUAGUUUGCCCCUAUUAAGAGAUUAUCAAAACGUAAUUCACCCUUGAACAACUUGCUUAGUAUUAUCAAUUUCAUUUCAUUCUAUUGGUUAUCUGUAACCCACUUUUCAUUCCAGAAGGAAACCAAACAUGGCUAAUAAAAAACAUCUGUGUCUGAUAUAAGCACUCCAGGUUAUUCUGACUAUUCAAGCUUCUACUUGUUUAUAGCACAUUCCCCCCUCCCCCCAAACCUUUGCACUUUAGUUCAGUCCUACCACUAAUGAAUGAGUAUGUUACAUCUUGUUUAAUCUUGUAAUAAGUCUAUGGAAUUUUGGUUAUUUGUGUAUCUAAACACAACUCCCUAUUCAUUAUAUGCUCUGUGCAAUUUGUGGGGAAAAGGAUCAGUGUUCACAUCUAUCAAUGAACAUCCAAGAUCAAUGAGAGCUUUGGGAUACAGAUUUGCAACUUGCUGUAUUGGGAUGGAAUUCUAAAAUAUAUAAAAAUACUUAACUCCCAUUGGUGGGCAAUUAAUUCACAUCCUUUUUUUUGCACAUUGUAGGCUCAGUCUUCUUCCACGGUUUCCUCAAAGACACCCACUAUGAAGCCUUCUGAAACAAAGGUAUGUCUUCUGAAAAUGGAUAAGCAAGUGUCCAUUUAUACCAGUCUGAUUCUGUGCUACUUUUACAGCAGCUGUUAUUAUAAGAAAUUGCUAUGUGAUCUUUUUCCAUCUCUGAGCACUUAUAAGUGAGUGCAAGUUGCUGACUGACCCAAGAAGUAUGGUUUAACACAAGAGUUUAACACUACUGGUGUACUAUCAGUGUUAACUCCCUUCAAAAUGGUUUAUAUGAGCAAGUAAUAAAUGUUAACAGUGCUUAAGAACUGUUGUGGAGAGCAAUUCUGUUGUGAUCACAUAUCAUUGGCUGUAGGAAAUUGCACCACUUAUUCAACCAAUUCCUACUGAUAUGGUUUCAGCGCUUGGAUUUGAAUGGAAUGUCCACAAUCAGUUUCUCUAAAACAACAACAGCAUAUAGGUGAUGCUAAUCUUUGUUUUAUGUGUCAGGUGAAAUUAUAUGUCUCAGUUUGCUCAUAUGUGCAUAACUGAUAGGCAAUCUUUAUUCCUUUGCAACUAAUAGUGUUUAGUCAUAUAUGCAACUCCCUAGACAACAUUCCUUCUUUCGAGAGAGGAUAGUAGUGAGUUGAAAUUGUCAUUGUUUAAGGGCGGGGGCACUUUCCCAGGUGGGUCAGUAAUUGACCAUGUAAAAUUGCAUGUUCUAUUUUACCACCUCAUCCCCAUAACCUUGAUUCCUAAAUUUCUUAUUUUCUGACUUCAUCAAAUUCUUCAGCAGGCUAACCACAUAAAAACAAGUCUAUCUCAUUCUGCCUGUUAUGUAAUCAGUCCCAUUGUUGCAGAAUUCAACCAGGCUCAAAUACUGCCUCUACCAGCACACAGAACAAUUCACAAUAAAAUAAAAACUUACGAAAGGUUUUUAAAAUAUCCAAUUGCUUCAAUCAAUUUUUAAAGUAAUGAACUCCACAUAACUGAGAGACAUCAACUGAUACGUGGUGGACUGGGGUGGGGAACCUGAGACCCAGGGCCUCCAGCUCUCUCUGUCUGGAGUGUAAGACUUUCUCCAGGCUACACCUGCCAUGGGUGCUUUUGCCUGACUGGAAUAUGUCCUGAGGUGUGAUAGCACCCUUUGCUUGCCUGGUUGGGAGAGAUGUAUGUAGAAAACUUGUGUGUGGUUGGAAUAUACCGUAUUUUUCGCUCUAUAAGACACACCCGACCAUAAGACGCACCUAGUUUUUAGAGGAGGAAAACAAGAAAAGCCAGCAAGAGCUUGCUCGGCAUGGCUCUUUAAAGAUAGAGCAGUUCUUGCUGGCUUUUCUGGGAGGUGGGAGAAGGGACUGACUGGCUGCCCUCUGUCCCUUCUCCCACCUCCCUGAAAAGCCAGAGCAAGCUGUGCAGCUAUCUCUGAAGCCAGCAUAGCAAGAGGGAAAACUGUGCAACGCCUCUUGUUGUGCUGCCUUCCCAGCGAAGCAGGAUGAGGGACGGAAUGGAGCUCCUUCCGUCCCUCAUCCUGCUUCGCUGGGAAGCCAGCAGACCAAGAGGCGCUGCGCAGCUCUCCCUCUUGCUGUGCUAGCUUCAGCGAUAGAUGCGCAGCCUUCAUUCGCUCCAUAAGACACACGCACAUUUCCCCUUGCUUUUUAGGAGGAAAAAAGUAUGUCUUAUGGAGUGAAAAAUACGGUAGUUUACUGCACCAAGGUAAGAAUCACAUUACUUGAUCUAUCUGGUUUUGCCUUUGGUUGCACCCUCCACCAGCAUGCGGCUCCUAAAAGCUUCUGUACAAGGGGAUGCAGCCCUCCAGCUGAAAAAGGUCCCCUACUCCUGGUCUAGAGUAUUUAGCUUCUAUUAACUUGCUUACUUGGCAGUUAUAAAUCACGUUUCUGUUAAGGCAGGUUUGUCACGACUUGUCAGUGUAAGCCAAACUCUGAGAGAGCUGUUCUUGCGGUCUGGUGUUCACCUUCAUGGGACUGGCACUCAAGUGCUCAUAUAAAUAGGCAAAGUGGGCAUCCUAUUUAUAGAUUCAAAUGACUACUAGAAGCACUUGGCACCUUCCUUACCUUGUUAGAGAGGGCGCCACAAACCCGGCUCUAGAAAUGCAGAGCCUGUUUUUGCACACAAUUUAGAUCAGACUAGAAAUGUUUGCUCUUCUCUUGUGAACAAAAUAAAUGAUCUCUCCUCCUCUUUCCUAUGUGUAAAUUGUACCUGUGUGAUACCUUUGCUUUGUAGAAGUUGCUUAAUGUAGCAAGAAGAGGAGUCCCAGAGGAAUAUAGAGGUGGUUCAGUCAGGCCUUCAAAGCGCCUAUUAAUAAUCAUUUCUGCAAAAUUUAAAUCACCCAGUCACCUUUGAAAUUACAUGGUAAACUAAAGUUCUGUGCAUUCUGCUUAGGGAGGUGUUGCAAUUUAGAAUGAGGGAUAUCUGCUUACUUCUUAGAUCUCUGUGUUUCAUAUUUCUGAAACUUGUUGAAACAAAAAAGGGGUGUGCCUUUUCCUCAUAUUCCUUUUGCCUUGAUCUACCUGAUGGGGAGUUGCCUUACUAAAGAGCAAGACUUUAGAUAAGGAGGUUAUCAAUGCUUGUUGGAGAAGUGGUUGAAAAUCAUUCUUAACUGCUCUAGCUUCCUUGAUUGCAGGAAGAGAGAGCAUUAAUCCUUUUGCUUCCCUGCUGCUAUAUGUUUCAGUAAUUGCUUUUCUGCCUAACCCAGAAGUGGGUCUCUUUUACAGUGAAGUGGUACAUGAAUGGCAUGAAGAAAAUGUAUAGGAAGCUGCCAUUUGCUAUUAUCAAACAGCAGCUUCCCAUGCCAUAAAACCCCUUUGAAAACUGAAGGGAAGCUUAUUGAUAUGGCAUUGUGGUCUCCUUUUCAAAAGGAAAAAAAAGUCAUUGAUCCCACAGGGAAUCCUCAAGCCCCUUGGGUGUACCUAAAAGAGAUCUCUUAAUCUGAGCCACCAAUAUAUAUAUGUAUGUUCAGGUCUGUUUCACAUUUUUAUCCUCAUGGCUCAGGUACAGAAGCACAUAUAAUUGUGAGCAGAUUUUGUGUUAAAAUGGGACCCUUUCUGUCCUCAGUGCAAGUAAGCGUAAAGGGACCCCUGACCAUUAGGUCCAGUUGUAGCCGACUCUGGGGUUGCGGCGCUCAUCUCGCUUUAUUGGCCGAGGGAGCCAGCGUACAGCUUCCAGGUCAUAUGGCCAGCAUGACUAAGCCGCUUCUGGCGAACCAGAGCAGCACACGGAAACACCGUUUACCUUCCUGCCAGAGUGGUACCUAUUUAUCUACUUGCACUUUGACGUGCUUUCGAACUGCUAGGUUGGCAGGAGCAGGGACCGAGCAAUGGGAGCUCACCCCGUCGCGGGGAUUCGAACCGCUGACCUUCUGAUGGGCGAGUCCUAGGCUCUGUGGUUUAACCCACAGCGCCACCCGCAUCCCUGCCUCAGACUGCAAGUACCACUGGCCUAUUCCCAGUCCUAUUCUUCUUCUGUCUUUCCCACUCAACCCAUUUCUUUUCUCCAUGAGGUGGAUCCUUUCUGAAUUUUAAACUUGACUUCCAUUCACAAUUAUAUUGACAAUCUCUUAGCAUUACUUACACAACACAACAAGGGCUGGAAAAAGAAUAGACUCGGUUUCCAGGACAGCUACAUUGGAUAAAGCAAGGGAAUCUCUCCCAUCCUCUUCAAAUGGGUGCCACACUUUGGACCAAUGCCCACAUGGCCUCUGGCAGUGAAAAAAGGGUACCCCCACUCUACUCCACUCCCUCUGCUCUUGUAGCUUUAAGGUGGGAUUUGUGCUGGUUGGCUAAGAAGUGAAGGCCAUUAGUGCAACUGAGUUCAGAAAGAGGCAGCUUAAUAGAAAAGAGAAUGAGGAUGGGAAGCGACAAAAAGAAGCUGCAAAUCCAGCUGAAGGAUCAUCUGUUGAAUAUCUUUUCACAGCUCAGCUCUUGCAAUGCAUAAUAUUACACAAAACAAUGAGUCAGCAUAUGCCCUGUUUUCUAACAAUAUUAUCCUGUUUACCCAGAAGUCCUUUUUAGUUUCCUGGAACAUAGUCUCUUUCUAGUAAGUGUGCAGAGCAUUGCAACCUAAUAACUCAAGCCAGUGAUGCAGCAUAAACGCUGCAGGAAAGGCUAUGCUCAAUUCAGUUCCAUUGUUUUCCUCUCUUGCUUUGAUGUGUUUUAUGGCUGUAAACCUUCUGUGCAGAAUAGGAAGCUGGAAAAGACAUUGUUCUAAUUGGUACCUAAGUUCAGUGUUACUUUUAAUGCAAGCGCAACACUUACUUAACCUUCACAACUGUUGGCAGUUGUUAAUUUUUUGGAUGCUGGUUACCUGUAUGUUCUGGGGGGAAAGAGAGUUGGGGAGAGAUGAACAGAGAAAUAGCCCUGUCAUGUGUUUCCAUACCUUUCCAAUACAAGUCUCUCUAGGUCAGUGUGACUUUUAAAGAAUAUGGCUAAAGCUGAGUAGGAAGCUGACUCAGACAAUUAGUCCAUCUAGCUCAGUAUUUUCAACACAGAUCGGCAAUAGCUUUACAGGAUUUUAGGCAGGAGUCUCUUCCAACCCUCUGUAGCUGCCAGGAACUGAACCCGGGAAUUUUUGUAUGGCAAGGCUGUGUCCUACCAAUAAGCCUUUCACCAAAGGGGAAAGUUUUCACCAUUACAAGGAAUACAUGGGUACAUAUGGUGUUCAGACAUGCACCUGCUAAUUCCUGUAACGUGCACCUGUGUUGGAAACGAGGGUGGAACACAUGUUGGCAUGGAAGCUCUUAUUACUGAAAAUGUCGUGUUUAAAAAUUCAACCUUUCGUAAAAUAAAACACUUCCUCAGAAAGCCUUUAAAAAGGAAAGGCAAUUUUCUUUUCAGUGCUUUAUGCUCUAAAACGGCCUCCCCUGUUUUUGAAACACAUUUCCUUGGCAUGCCUUACACAAUUUCUGUAAGCACCCUGAGUUUGUGCUCUCAAUAUUAGGCUUCUUCAAGCCAGCAAAAGGCCAGUGGAGUGGAAUCCCACAAAAGGAAACGAAACAAGAAGCAGGUGAAAAGAGAUUGGUUUUUGUGUGUGCGUUUGAAAAUAACACCAGCUACACCAGCAGCAUGUGCACAUUCAUCAGUCUUGAACUAAUAAACUUCAUUUUGUGUCUGUCUUUAGUUGCAUAUAGUCACGCUGCAAUCUUUUCCAAAGCAUACAGUCCGCCAUGGAAAUAAACCACCAAACGUAAUUUCAUUUGUGUCCUUGUUCUUGUGGUGUGACAGUAUGCAAACUACUAGCUAGAGAUGCGUGGUGGCUGAUAUCCAUGUAGUGGUCGAACUUCACUAUUGGAGAGCUAUAUGGAUACAGCUAUAGCAGACUUGUUUGGGCUACAGGACAAACAGAAAACCUAGGAUUUCCUGCUCUUACUUUGUGUUUAUAAUGGAGGUCUUGCGUACUUAUAAAAUGUGUCCCUGUGUGGCGCGCGUGUGUGUGUGUGUGUGUGUGUGUGUGUAUAGAUAUAUAUAUAUAUAGGCACUAGAGAAAUGCUUCAGGUCAAAUUUUAGAAUGAUGGCUAAUCCAGAGUAAAACAUGUAACACUUGAGUUGAAGUGAGCAAUUUACAGCUGUGUUGCUUGUGUUCUUUGAGAGCUUUAAAAAGUGCUUGUUAAAGCUGCUCCCGAGGUCUCACUUGCUAUAUAUUCUCUCUCCUGACUGGGAAUUCUCUCCCCUCUCUUUCCAUUCUAAUCCACCAUUUAAAUUGCUCUCCCCACAUAAUUCCUCAACACUUGGAUUUUAUAAUUCCUUAACUGUCUGCCUGUUUUUAUGCUCUGCUUCAUUUCAUUCUGCUAGCUUCACGGUUAAUAAGCAAACUUGUGCUACACAAGAGUUAAGAAUUCAUUGGUCAAUUAAAAUACGGCUUUCAAAAAAGCCUCAUGGGAGUCAUAGUUUUAUUUUUUUUACUCCUUAGCUAUCGGUUCAAAAUAUUGCAAUCCCUAUCAGUAGCAGCUCUCAGGGGUUUGUUCUGCUGUAGCCAAUGAAUGUUCCCGAGGAGGAAAGUCCAUUUCAUCAACUUCUGUUCAUGCUGUUUCUGCUUGUAAAUAUUGUUGCAUUCUAAGGGAUAUCAAUUUAUUUUUAAUGUAAUAAUUGGCUUUUUCAUUUGACAUUGUUCAUAUUGUAGGCAGCCCAAAAAGCCAAAGCAGAAGCUGAAAAAGCAGCACAGUUAGCUAAGGUAAGGUAACAUAACAUACAUUUAUGUUUUGAAUUGCUGUGCCCUGAACAAAUAUCUCAUAAGCAUUUACAUAUGUGAUGAAGCUUGCUUGUUUGACUAAUCAUUAUUUGUUUUAAACAAAAGUUCUGGGUUUCAUAAUCUAUAAGGUUUAAUUCAGGGCCUUCUGAAUGUGUUAUCAGUCUUUUAGGUUGCUUCCAAUGGGGUGUUGUGAUGCCUAUUCUGCAAUUUACAAUAACUUUGAAAAAGAAAAUAGUGGCUUUCUGACAGUAGCAGCUUGCCCAGUUGACUAUCCCUGCACAUUUCCCAUUUCUGCACAGUGUCAAAGGAAAGCAGCCUGAAAUUAAGUUGCACUGAAAUCAGUGGAGAUUACACUUAGUUCCUAGAUGCAUUUUAAUAAGAGUAAAUGAGCUCUUAGGAAAAAGCAGGAUACAAAACAAGAGGAAUAAAUAGCUUCCAUUAUGCACUUAAUCUGGUAUAAACAAAUAUGGUUUGUAAACUAUGUAUCAGUAAAUGGGCUUGCAUUAGCAUAGUGGCUGUUAGUUUUUAGGAACAUUGCCUGUGCAAAUGCAUGUCCACAAGAAUGUCAAUAAGGGGAGAAGACAGCAGCACCAGGAGAGCAAAUGAUGCAAAGACCCUCCCCGCACUCGGGGAAUGAAGAGUUAGAAUACAAGUCCCAUAGUUACUGGGCACAAAAUGAGUUGCACAGUAUCACUUAAAACCAUGACGAAAUCUGCACAUAUCACUUCUGCCUAGAAAUAACGAGACACAGGCAGGCCAUCCUAUGAUUCCUGUGAAUGUAUUUUGAUCCUUCAGGAAGACUUGUCAGAUGAAGGAGACGUGGGCUGCAAGUCAGUGCAGAUUCAGUCGAAGGCUUGCUUGCAGGGGCUGUGCCCAUCCCGGAUUCAUUCAGAUUUUGACAUUCAGACGGGGUGUUUACUUCACCAAGCACCCCUAAUUUUAAUGCAGUUGUGCUCAUAAACAUGUGAUACAAAUACAACUUUUGGAUUUUUGGACAACAUUCAGGCUUGUAUUGUUCCGUCACAGCGAAAAUACUUUUGACUAUUUCUUUCUUCGUUGUGCAGACUAGUUUGUUUACAUUUUAUCUGUAACUGUUUGUUUACAUUUAAAUUGAUCAAUUAUAUUGCUAUCUCUUUUCACACAGCCAGAUGAUUCUCAGUCUAAACGUUCAUCAGAAGAGAAGCAAAAAGAGCCUGGAGGGGUAAUUUUUAUUUUACUUACUAGGAGAUAUAAUUCUUUACAAUGCAAAUUUAUGUAAGGGCAUUCAUCUUUUUAUGUGUGUACAUGUAGGCAAAAAGCCAAAGCAAACCUUCUGUAGUGGAACCUAAGCAACCAAGUACUGGAAAAGUACCCUCUGGUCAGAUUGACAAGACAACAACACAGCUGACAUCCAAAGAAGAACCAAAGGUAAAACAUAAGCAGAAAAAAUUUCUUCAGAAAGCUUUAGAGUGGCACUCCCAAGGUUAGGUAUCUAAAGUGUUUGCCCCAAAGGACGGGACAAAAAUUGAAUAAAACCCAACUUUAACUGGACCAAUGCAUGGCUUAAUACCAUUUUAUCAUCAUAAAUAAAGGUAAAGGUACCCCUGCCCGUACGGGCCAGUCUUGCCAGACUCUAGGGUUGUACGCCCAUCUCACUUAAGAGGCCGGGGGCCAGCGCUGUCCGGAGACACUUCCAGGUCACAUGGCCAGCGUGACAAGCUGCUCUGGCGAGCCAGCGCAGCACACGGAAACGCCGUAUACCUUCCCACCAGUAAGCGGUCCCUAUUUAUCUACUUGCACCCGGGGGUGCUUUCGAACUGCUAGGUUGGCAGGCGCUGGGACCGAGCAACGGGAGCGCACCCUGCCGUGGGGAUUCGAACUGCCGACCAUGCGAUCAGCAAGCCCUAAGUUGAAUAAAUGAUUUGCAUUUCCCCUGCUUUUUUCUAGUUAAAAAUUAAUAUACUGUAAUACAUAAAUACACUUGGAUGUUUUUGUUUUUCUUUGCAGUAAAAUAAUUACAGAACAUUAAUAUAGUUCCCUGUAAGUGUUGAAUAAAAUGUGAUUUCUUAUAGAUAAUUUUUUUCUGCAAGGCUGACUUUGUAAUGUCUGGCUAUAUGUGCGCUUUCCAUUGUUCAGCUUCCAAGCUGUCAUGCAAUUAAAACUCCAGGAAGGGAAAACAUUAUGUCCAUGCUGCAACCUAGUUUUGUGUAGGUUGUAGUUGGGCUGCCUUAAAAUAUUAAUGGCAAAGUUUCACCUGGACCUCUCUAACUUUUCUCCACUUAAGGCUAAACCUGAUGACAAGUCAUUGCCCACCAAGGCAGCUGUUGCAGCUGCUGGCACAGCUGGAGCAGUAGCAGCUGCAGGCUUGACUGUUGCAGCUGCAGAGGUAAGUUUAGUGUUUGGCAUUAAUCGGAUGCAAAUGUAAUCCUAUGCUUAGUUUUCAGAAAUGCAUUCUUAUUUGCAGACUAAAGAAGGCAAAUUGCCAGCCCCAGCCCCAGCUGCUGCAGAAAGUAAACCAGCUGAAAAGGUAAGCAACAGUUCAUUUGCUGUCUAGUUAGAUCAGUGAUGGCCAAACUUGGCCCUCCAGCUGUUUUGGGACUACAAUUCCCAUCAUCCCUGACCUGUUAGCUAGGGAUGAUGGGAGUUGUAGUCCCAAAACAGCUGGAGGGCCAAGUUUGGCCAUCACUGAGUUAGAUCACUUCACAGAAUCAUAGAGUUGGGAGGGACCACGAGUGUCAUCUAGCCCAACCCCUUGCAAUGCAGGAAUAUUUUUUGCUGAAUUUGGGAGGGAUAUCUAUAAGUUACCUGAAGUGCCAUGUACUUCAUAAAAAUCUUUUUUUCUAGUCCGACAUAGAUGCUGCCUUAGAUGAUUUAAUUGAUACCCUUGGAGGUCCUGAAGAAAACGAGCCACCUACUCCUGAAUAUACUGGACCAACAGUUUCGGUAUAAGAUCUCCUGUAUUUAAACAGUCUUAUUUAUUAGGCCUGUGUUUGUGAGCUUAUUUGUUUUGGUAGCAGUAGCCUUUUUUGUAUAUGAAUUUGUACUUCAAAUCAUUAGUGAACUUGAUCUGAAUUGUACUUUAUAGGAUUAGACAGAUUCAUGGAGGACAAGGCUACAAGUGGCUAUUAGCCGCUGCUAUUUUUUUAGAAAAAGAGGUGCUGGAGCUCACCAUGAACUUCUCCCUUGUUCUCUUAGAAUGGUAAUGGCACCCACCUGAGAGGUGCUGGAACUGAGCUCUGGCUGGAAACAAAGCCCUGCUGCUAGCCAUGAUGUCUUACAUUCAACCUCCACUGUUGGGAGGCAGAGGAUGCCUAAGAAUGAACAACAGCUCUGAGCUUAUCCUUAGCAGGGAACUGCAAUUUGUUCUAAAGUGAAAGCAGAAGCUCUCUUCCUCUCCUUCUCACACACAUGGAAAAGUGGUGAAGGAGACGCAUACAAGCCUGAGGCUCAUGCCGUCUUAUUCGAAAACAUCUAAAACACAGUUUAGAAUGGAUGGAUGGUUGUCUGGACUGGACCUCUCCCUUUCUUUUCCUGUUGUUGAGAAUUAUGUUAUCUUCAUCCUCACCAUAAACUGGGCUCGGAGCCUAGAUUGAUUGUCAUUGGAUCUCUCCAUUUUCCAACUUCUAAAUUUAGAAAAAUACGUAAUGUGUUUGCAAAAACAGCAAGAUUUGUAGAAGUCAUUUCAGCAAUUUUUUAAAAAGCACCUGAAUCAAGGGAACCCAGUUAGGACCAAACUUGAAAACACAUAUUGGGAUUUAACAUGCAGUUGUUGUUUUUUGUUUUUUAAAAUACACUAGCAGUAGCUGGCUUGGGACCUGAUAAUUUUCCAGAUUGGGUAUAGAGGGGAAGUGUAACUCUUUAUUCCCACUGAGGAGGGAAUGUGUGAGCUUGAGACUCCUGCAAUCUUGUUCAUGGUAAUCUAAACCAGUCAUCCCCAUCCUUGUGCUUCCCAGAUGUUUUGGAUUAUAAUUCCCAUCAUCCUCAACCAGCAUGGCCAAUGGUCAGGCAUGACUGGGAGUUGUAAUCCAAAACUUCUUGAGGGCACCAGCUUGGGGAAAGCUGAUCUAAACUAUGGUUCACUGCUUGUGAACCUGCAUGGUUUAUAUUUUUAACCAUGUUUUUGAAUGAAUUGUUGUUGUUUUUUGCAGCAACUAGUAAGUUUAGGUGGUUAACAAAUAUUAAAUAUUUGAAUGUUAUUGUUCUCUGUUUUUUGUAGUAAAUCAUAAUCUUAUAUGAAUGAAUUGUAUAUAUUUAUACAUUAGUCAUUGAUUUAAAGAGUCAACAAUAUUUUUUACAUGAUGCAGGACCCAAUGUCUUCCUUAUAUAUAGAAGAGCUGGGUAAACGGGAGAGCACAAUUCCUCCAGAGUACAGAAAACUCCUAGAGGUAAGUAGUAAAACCAAAACUGUGUCUAGGAUGCUUUCUCUACUGCACAUUAGUUGCAGUACUCAUUCACAAAACUUUGUUUUUCAGGGUAAAGGAGAUGGCAAAGCAGUUCCCCCGCCAGUGGCAGUAGGAGAAUCUCAGGUAUGGUUUAUUUAUUUGUCACAAAGUGUGAAAAUGGAAAAUUUAUUACUGGUUUUUGAAGAUAUGCCUAGUUCUUUAUAAACUUUGCAUUGUAAUCAAUGGAUGGAUGGAUGGUGGUUUUACUCAGAGUAGACCUGUUAACAGACUGAACUUAGCCAUGUUAAUUAAUUUCAUUGGGUCAUUUCUGAGAAAAACCUAGCUGAAUAUCACCCUAAAUUACUUAUGCUUUAGUCCCAUUGAAAUCAGUUAGUAAUGACCUACAUGUGUCAAUGAGACUGGAUACCUCCAACACAUUGUGAGCUGUGCUGUUGCACUUGAGUAGUCUUGGUAUUGUUGAUAUAUAAAGGUUUAAAUGGUUUAACUACAACUGUGCAGGCUUAAUUGGCUUCUAGUAUACAGCUGUGGUUAAUGUAUGGCCAAUGCUAAAAUCUCUUCAUUUGAUUUAUGCUGAAGUCAGUAGCUAGACUCUAGAAAUUGAUAGAUGUUGCAUGCAAUAGAUAGUUAUGCUAGUUGAUUCACCACAACAUGUAAAGGUAAAGGGACCCCUGACCAUCAGGUCCAGUCGUGGCCAACUCUGAGGUUGCGGCGCUCAUCUCGCUUUACUGGCUGGGGGAGCCGGCGUACAGCUUCCGGGUCAUGUGGCCAGCAUGACUAAGCCACUUCUGGCCAACCAGAGCAGCGCACGGAAACGCCGUUUACCUUCCCGCCAGAGUGGUACCUAUUUAUCUACUUGCACUUUGACGUGCUUUCGAACUGCUAGGUUGGCAGGAGCAGGGACUAAGCAAUGGGAGCUCACCCCGUCAGUCCCUGAAUCAAGGGAUCAAUAUCUGGAUCCAGAUCAUAAUCUGCUAUUUGUCCAUUGCUGAUGCAGACUGCCACAGGGCAGAAUUGCAAACAACUGAUAGAGUCAGUUUAGAAUAGUCAUUCAGAAUAGUUUGUAAUUCUGCAGUUCCCUUAGCAGAUUGUGGGUUGCCGACACAAAUCAUCUGCAAAAUCCUCCUGUUUCUAUAAGCAGUCUCCCCAUCAAGAGGUAGAUUGUCAGCUCUUGACCGGAGAUGGCAACCUGUUUUUCUAAAAACUCCAGGGCAUAAAUAUAUUUAUGUGAGGAGAGUGAUUCUCACUCCAGUGUCUGUUCUUCUGCCCCAUUUCCCUUUCUGCUGCUACUUCAGGACUGGGAAAAUAAGCCACUGUAACUUCCACAGAGUUGCCAAAGUAAGAGGUGGUGUAUUUAGCUCAGGAUUUGACAACACUACAGCACAGCUCUGCAUCCAUAAAUGUGCAAAUGCCCGCAAACUGUAAGCUGCUGUUGGGCAAAUGGUUAAAAGUGUAACCCAGUUUGUGUUUUCAUUUAGCCAACAAUGACAGAUGAUGACCUUGCAGAUGCUCUGUCAUCUGAUUUUACUUGCAGUGCUGUAACAUCUGCUGGAGAGAAGAAAGACUUGCCAAAAGAGGUACCAAUUUUGCUAUCUUUUUGAAAGGGCCUCUUUAUUAGACAUACAAUCUGACUCCUGUGAAAAACUCAACACAUUUAAAUUGUUUCAUGUUUUAAAAGAAGCCUGCAGAAGAAGGUGAACUCCUACAAGCACAGUCUGCAAGUUCAAUCAGCAGUUCAGCUCCUCCGAAAGAAAAGAAAGCCAGAGUGGAAGAGGUAUAAAUUAAGUACUCUGAUCCCCUACCCCACUGAAAUAACCACACAGAACCUGCUAUCCUAAAAUAGUAUUACAAAGUUAUAGAGAGAGAAAGGGUGAGCAUGCAAAGACUCCCUGGGCUCCACAUAAAUUAUAUAUGCUCAAACUGUAAUAUAAGAGUCAGUGCUAAAUCUUGUUGUUUAGUAAAAAGGUAUUUAAGCUUUUGAAGACUGGGCUGCAACCUAUUGGAGGAAGGUACAUUUCUAUUAAGAAACCACCUGCCUGCCUGCAUCCCCCUUCUUUACUUCAGCAUCCCCCUUUGUCCAAUGGCCAAGAUGCCUUUAAAAUCUGGGGGAUGAUGAUGGUGCGUUUGCGCAUAAGAUUCCAGGUGUGCACACUCUUGUGGAUUGGAAACAGUUAUUGAUUUAAAAGUUUCACCUUUUUACUAAUCAAUUAUUCAUUCUGAAAUAACUUCAGCUUGGCUGCUAUUGUGAAAUUAUUUGGAACAGUACAGAUUAGAAGCUUUUGAACCUUUGGGUACACAGCCUGAAUCUGUAGUAAAAAGGUUCCAAACUAAAAUAUACUGCAAACAUGAAAUAUAGCCCUCAUUGUGGUCAUAAGUAGCCUUUUAAACAAAUGUGACGGUUAGGGAUUCAAAAUGUUACCUAUACUGUAUUGGCUGUUUGAGUCAGGAUGUGAUUUAACUCCCUUUGUUGCUCUAAGACAGGUAUCCCCAACCUUCGGCCCUCCAGAAGUUUUGGACUACAAUUCCCAUCAUCCCUGACCACUGGUCCUGUUAGCUAGGGAUCAUGGGAGUUGUAGGCCAAAACAUCUGGAGGGCCGCAGGUUGGGGGUGCCUGCUCUAAGAGGUGGUUUUUCCUUUCUGACAAAUGAAUGCUCCCUUGCUUUUCCUGGGUGCUGGCUUGGCUUCUGUUUUUACUUUCUGCUUGAGUAAGGUAUCACUGCAUAUAGCCUUUCCAUUGCCUACUGAUAUUAAGGAUACUGGAUGAGCUUAACACUAUAUUAUUUGUUUUGAAAUACUGUUAUCCUGCCUUCAAAAGUUAAAACUUCCUUGAGGUGGUUUGAGGAAGCCAAACAAACAAAAUAUGGUACAUUUUAUUUCUCAUAUAUGCAUUAAAAAAAGCCACAUUCACCUGCUGCGUCCAGAUAUUGGAGAAUAAUAAGCAUUAAGUAGCUGGAAAUAACACCCAGUCAUUUUAUUUACCUGAAGUUAGAUAGCAGUCCAACAACCUAUAGGUGAUUUAGUUAAAUGGGAAUUUAUAUCAGUGGACUUUCUCCAUAUAGUGUCAUUUUCUUUGUCUGAGUUCACCACUCUUGGACCACAAAUAAAAUACUUGGAUCAAGUUUCAAGACCCAGAGAUGGAUUUAGUAGUGGCAAAAUGCACAAGCCUCAGCCGUUCUGGUUCACUUACAUUUUAGCUUCUGCUACAGAAAAUCUAGAUUCCUACAGAUAUGGCGCUUGAAGUGGCUUGACAUGUUGCCCAAUAGCUGAAGAAUACACAGCUUACCCUCCUACACUGCAAUGUUUUAGACAGAGUGUCUAGAUUACAGUAUCCUGCUGUUUAAGGAUGCCAGAUUCAUCAGUGUACUGCCGUAACUGGAGUCCUAAUGAUCUCAGUAUAUACUGCAUCUAUCGUGAGACAUAUGCUGUUUUUAUAGCCCAUGGUCAUUUUUAUCACUUUGCGAUGCAGGCAGCCCUUAGUGACAGCGCCUUGGAUGCUCUUGUGGAUACGCUUGGCAUGCCAGAACCGGAACCAGAAGUAGACCUUAGCUCCAUUGUGGAAGUGGAAGAGGUAUUAUUUACACUGCAAAAUCUUGCAAAACAUGCCCGGAAAAAAUAUUGCUUUGUCUGCUGCUAGCAGAAACCUUUGAAAGCACUUUGAAUUCUAUGGUAGUAGUAGCUAGUGGCCUGCUUCUUUUCUGAACUACAAUGUAGCUUCAUCAAUGUGGGAAUGUGUGAGAAUGACUGGGAAGACUUCUGUUAACAAGCAGUUUUGCAGUACUGUAUGACCUUUUUUUAAAAAUAAAACACUCCCAAGGCUGCAAUCUUGUGCACAUCUAAUUGGGAAUGAGCCCAGCUGGGCAAGGCAAGACUUGCUCCUGAGUAAAUAUAAUAGGAUUGGAUUGCAAGUGAAUCAAUUGCUGUAUAAAUAAUUAGUACAUGAUUGAUACCACUUAAAGUCUUGAAACUAUGUAGACAUGCAUAAAUUAUGGAUGACCCUUGGGGUCCUUUCCAACGCUACAAUUCUAGGAUUCUGUGCCCCAUUGACUUCAAUGUGUUAAAUGCAUGAUGAAAAUGUUGCUUGUGAUAGUAAUUCAGCUGAAAAAUGCUUACUUUUGGCUGGAUUACUCUCUUCGGAUGUGUAGCAAAAGCAACAGGAAAUAUGCAAAAAGUGCUAUAAAGGAAUACUUUAAUUCACAGAAAAUGCCCAAUGCAUUUUAAGUUUUGCCUAGUUAUUUCUUCAAGCUUUUAGAGUUCCUAUAAAAGAAAUAAGAGUUCUUUCUUAGUUAAUCUUGAGAAACAAAGCUGACAAGGCUAGAAAUGUAUUGGGCUACUUCAGAUAAAAUGUGUUUUUUAUUAGUACUUUUAGGAUCCUCCACCUCUGCCCCCGAAUAAAUGUUACAGAUACAGAACCUACAACAGUUCUUUUGCAUCUGUAAUAUGUACGUAUGCUAUUUUAUUUAGUUUAGGAAAAAGGAAAAAUAUAGAUUCAAAGAUUAUGAGUUGCCUGCAGGAGAAAUGGGGGUUGGAGGAAGCAGAAAUAUGCCAAAUAUGAGGGGGGGUGUAUGCAUAGAAAUAUGUUUAAAAUUUAACACAUUUCUAUGGCACAAUCACCCUGACUUCCAGCUUGCUUGCAAAAGAUCCAGCAAUGCAAUUCAAGUGUUGACAUGUUGUGAUUCUUUCUAUUCAGCCAAAGGCCAAAGAAAGGAAGGAGAAGAAACCUGGUGAACGCGACGAUACAAUCCCUCCUGAGUACAGAUUAAAACCAGAAUUGGUAAAAUUCUCAUCUCUACUUUUCAUUGCAUAUGCUAUAAAAUCUCAGAUUUUACUAUACUGAGCCCAUGUUAAGAAAAAUCGAAAAACAUUAGCUCUUUCAGCUCUCUGUACUCCCUGCUGGCUAUGAUCCAGCAGCAGCAAGCUAGAGCUAGAAAGCCCCCUCCUCCAAUUAUUUAAAUGCAUCUUCUGUUGUCCACCUGCAGAUCAGAGUAUUGCAAGCGAAUGCUUUUGAAGGCAGUUUAGAAACUGCAACUAAUGCAGAAUCCCAUGUGCAGAUGGUUGACUGGGACCAGAUAGUCUGAAUGCAUAAAACUGAUUCUAUCCCAGUUAAUUCAGCUAUCAGUUUCUACUAUCAAUUCACAGUGCUGAUUUCUACAGCCUUCUACAGCUUAGGACCCAAAUACUUUAGGGCAGAGAUUUUCAACCUUUUAAAGUCCACGGCUCCCUUGACAAACUACAUUCUUUCUGCAGCACCCUUGUGGGGCUCAGGAGCCCAGUUACGUCACCCCUUGCCUGCAGAGCUGGCAGCAUCUCACCCUUUUUCAAACACCCUCCCUUGUGGAGUGUUCCCUCAGCUGCCGCCUCCUCUCCCCUCUCCUUGGGAGCCCUCUGGGCAGCCAUUGCUGCUACCCCUGGUCUCUGAGCUGCCCCUCUGCCCCAAAGAGAGGUGCCUCCUCACACUGCCCCACAAGGGCCUGGGACUUAUCAGUCUAUUUCCAACAGCAAGGGCUGGUGGACAGGUGGACAGGGCCCCCUUACCCACUUGGUUGUUUACUCCGAGGUUGCCUCAGCUCCUGGCAACCAGCACCCCCUGACCAGCCCCAGAGGCACCAUUUUGCCUGGGUAGCUUGUAGCCACGGCUGCUGCAACAAACAGCUGUGCGAGCCUUUGGGAGGCAGAGAUGCGAGAGGGCAUCAGAGGAGGGAGGGAAGGAAAGAAGGACAGAGGCCACGGUUGCCAGUGGGCCUCCAUGACCAUCAUCCAAGGAUGCCAUGGCACACUGGUUGAAAACCACUCCCUUAGAGAGUGCUUUCCCCCAUAUGAACCUACCUGGACCCUGCAAUUGUGUGUGUCUGGGGGAGGCGAGGAUAGAAGCAUCUGAUCAUUUUCACAUCAGAAGAGUGAUGAUUUCUUAGCUACUCCUUACAGUUAUUUUCAAAAGGUAGCCAAGGAAAUGUGAAACCAGAAAUAAUCACUAGUGUAUGUAGUUUCUUCUCUUCCUUCAGCCUGAAUUAUUCUUUUGGCUCAGCAUUCUUAGCUAGUCUUAUAAGUGGAAUUCCAAAAUGAAAUAUGUUCAGUGGAGAAACUCUGGGGAUAUUCCCCCCCCCCCCAUUGCGGGGACUAUUUGGAUCCCUCUGGAGAAUUUAAAUAAAACAACAACAACAAUGUAGAGUAUCUUAAAUUUGGUGCAGUGUAAAUGUCAAAGUUAACCAUAAUUCUGCCUGUUUAUUUUUAGGAUAAAGAUGGGAAGCCCUUGUUGCCAAAGCCUGAAGAAAAACCAAAGGUUCUUAAGUGUUUCUAUUAGUUUUACUUUCCUUCACCUGUAUUGUAAAUAAAUGAUGAAGCUGAACUUUUACAUAUUAUUUUUCUGUGAUUUCGUAAUGCCUGAGAUGUUUUAGAAGGAAGCAUAGUAAACUUCAAAAGGCAGUUUCUAACACAGAUGGUUUACUUAAUAUUUGGGAUCAGUGCAAAAUGAAUAUUUGAAUUCAGAGGCACAUUUUGUGUUGGUCUAAAUUGAUUCCUCUUUUGCUAUUUUAGCAUUGUGGCACAAAUGCCUAUUGCUCAAUUACUGAAGACAAUUCGGCCAUUUAUCUUUGUCUCAGUGUUUAAACACUUACUUUGCUUUAUGGCGGGAGUAUCCAAUGCAGUGUCCUUAAGAUGUUGUUAGACUACAACUCCCAUCAUCCUUUGCCAUUGGCUAUGUUGGCUGCAGCUGAUCGGAAUUUGAGUCCCAACAACAUCUGAAGGGUGCCAUGUUGGUGACUCCUGUUUUGCGGUAUAAUUAUGCAGGCAUACUCCUGUUUUGUGUUUCAUAGAUAUAAAAUAGUUCUAAUACAGCUGAGUCAAAUCAAAGGUUGGGUGCUUUUUCUGCAAACAUUAUAUACAUGCACACAUGCUGCAGCAGCCUUUAUGUUCCUAACUUUAUCAGGUGAUCUUUUCUGCCAGCUUGUGCAGUGUUAGCUAACCUGUUUAGGGGGUGGACUGAAUCCCCAGAGAGAGGAGAGCCAAGAUUCCCUCUUUCUCCCUACAAUUACAGGUGGUCAGUAUCACACUGACCUCCUGCUAUUUCUGCUGUAUAUGCAGAUUCAAAUCCAUUGUAAAAGAAGUGCAAGCAUGCCAUGGAGGCCCUGUAAUCUGAGUUCCAGCUGCCCAACCACCAUUUUCUUCAUCUCAAGUUUCCUCUAUUGUAUUCUAACAACAACAACAACAAAUUUAUUAUUUAUAUCCCGUCCAUCUGGUUGGGUUUCCCAAGCCACUCUGGGUGGCUCCCAAUAGAAUAGUAAAAACACAAUAAAACAUCAAACAUUAAAAAAUUCCCUAAACAGGGUCGUCUCCAGAUGUCUUCUAAAAGUCAGAUAGUUGUUUAUUUCCUUGACAUCUGAUGGGAGGGCAUUCCACAGAGUGGCUGCCACUACCGAGAAGGCCCUCUGAUAAUUGAUAAAUGCCACUUCUUAUGUCUGUUCUUUAUUUUAUCAGCAACACAGUUCCGGUCUUCCUCUCAUUUUUUGUUUUUGUUUUUACAGCCUCUUAGCGAUUCUGACCUAGCUGAUGAAUUUUCAAAAGAUUUUGCCUGUCCCACUCCUCCCGCAGAAAUACCCAAACCAUCUACACCUGCUGAUGUGCCUAAGGUGAGUUUACUUUGCUUAGGAAACCUGCCUUAAAAUUCAGAAUCUUUCAUUGCAUUGGAUGCAGAGAAUUAAAGGUGGAAUAAGCUUAAUUCAGGUAUAGCAUUUCCGUUCCUCCUUUCCUCCCUCAUAUUCCUCCCUAUGUGUCACUUGUGUACUUAGUGUGAGAGCAAGGUGAAAAUGUGGGUUGGGAACAUACCAGGGGCCAGGGCUGGUGGUGUGCAAAGCCACACAAGGGUUGAGAGUUAUAUCAGCUGCUUAAUAUAAGGCCAUGGGAGGUGUGCACAAAGAUGGCAGGUGGGUGGGCCAUCCAUGCUGUGGUCUCCUGUGAAGCCCACUUACUCAUUGGGAAUGGAGGUUUAGGUGCUACUAUUUCUGCUGUUCUCAAGCUAAUAAUAGAUACCAGUUUUCAAAAUCCAUUAGUUGCUGUUUUCUUUCAGAAGCCAGAAGCUGCUGAGCCCCCCAAAACUCCCAAAGAAAAUGUGGCCACAUCCCCUGCAGUUCCUUCAGUGCAACCUUCAGCUCCAUCAGGAGUUUCUACAGUGAGUAGCUUCUUCUGGAUCCAAAGCCAAGCCCAUAUUUUGGGGGCACCAGCCAUACCUGUGUAUGUCACUCUGUAGCACUGAAUGACUCUGUGUUUGCCUUGUGGAAGUUAUGUUUUGAGGUGCUACAGAGCACUGUUCGGUCCCCAAUGCUUUUUAACAGCUAAACGAACCUGUUGGGAUAUUUGAAGCAUGAUAUCUACAGUAUAUUGAUGACUCUUGGCUUGAUUUCCAUGUAACAGGCAUGGAUGUGCAAGUCCUGAGCUAUCAUCUGGAUGCAGUUUUGGGCUAGCCGGGGGCCACUAAACUGCAAAUGAAUCCUACCAAGACAGAUGCCCUGUGGAUGGGUGGCUUUCAGGUCCAGGAAACUGACCACUUGCCUGUUCUGAAGUCACACUCCCUUUGAAGGAGGAAGUUCAUAGUCUAGGGCAGGGUUUCCCAAACUUGGGUCAUCCCUAGCUAGCAGGACCCAAUAGUCAGGGAUGAUGGGAAUUGUAGUCCAAAACCAGCUAGUGACCCAAUUUUGGAAAACCCUGAUCUAGGGAUACUUAGCGAGGAAGCUGGUAAAAUGUGGGUUGAACGAAGUAACUGUUAGGUGGAUUUGUAGCUGAUUGACUGACUGAACCCAUAGAGUACUCAUUAAUGGGGUUCCUCAUUAUCCUGGAAAAACGUGACUAGUGGGAUGGCACAGGGCUCUGUCCUGGGCCUGUUGUUCAACAUCUUUAUAAACAACUUAGAUGAAGGAACUGAGGGGAUGUUUAUCAAAUUUGUGCAACCCUCUAGCAGCUAUGGUGCUCAUGUACCAGAAGUAAUGUAUUUAGCAUUAACUCUGGCAGUAUAUACUUGAUUCUGACCAAUAUGACCAGUAUACAGUGGUACCUCAGGUUACAGACACUUCAGGUUACAGACUCCACUAACCCAAAAAUAGUACCUCGGGUUAAGAACUUGGCUUCAGGAUGAGAACAUAAAUCGUGUGGCGGCGGCAGGAGGCCCCAUUAGCUAAAGUGGUACCUCAGGUUAAGAACAGUUUCAGGUUUGGGAACGGACCUGCAGAACGAAUUAAAUUCUUAACCCGAGGUACCACUGUAUACUUGAUUCUGAUGUAUAUUUUGCUCUAGGAGGCUUAGUUCGGUUAACACUAAAUACAUCAUUUCUGGUAAAUGAGCUACCAUAGCCGCUAGAGGGCUGUGCAAAUAUGUGUCCUGGGCUUUUUAGACUCAUCUUGUUCCUGCUAUCUUAUUUCAGAAGCCCUCAGCAGCUGAAUCCAAAAAGAUUUCUACAGAAGAAGUAGUGUCUGCUGCUGCUGCUCCUUCUGUGGCAUCUUCAGCUCCCUCAGUAACUUCUCCAGUGAGUAACCAGUUGUGAAGGUCAACAAGUAAAGGUUCAAGUGCCACUUAUAGAAAAAUUAGAAUGACUGAUUUUGCAGGGGUUUCUUAAUACAUAUGCACUGCACAUUGCUUCAAACUGUUGGUACAAAAUUGUUUGCCAUUACUUACUUUUCUUUGGGAUAUUUAGAUUGUAGAUUUUCUCUCCCUUUGCUCAUUAACUGUUGGAUGUGUUUAACUAUGAGUGCAGCCUGCUAAUGGGAACGUUUAAAGUCCCAUUGAAUUUAAGAGAACCUUGUGUGAAAGUAGAUCUUCAUUUUAAGUGGGCCAAGCUAGCAAAGAUUCCAUGUGGAUUUUGCCAGUGCACAUAACAGAAAACUAAUUUAUAAUUGUGAAAAAGUUCUGCACUAAGGUACUUAGGCUAUCCUAAGCAGACAGUUGCUCAAUAGCAGUCCGUGCUGUCAGGCAAAGCCAUCCUGUUGACAUCAGGGUGACUGCAGCUUCCUUGGAUGGUGCUGGGACAGGGGGAAUUUGAUGACAAGGGUAGAGAUCUGUCAGUCCAAUGGAGAGGGAAAACUGGUCUGGCUCCACUGGUGUGCUUGUGUGGUUCCAACCCAGUCCUGUCCAUGUAAGCUGGUAUCAAGAAGGUGGUUCUGGGGCUCCACCCAACCACAUGGGCCACUCCUGCAGUCAGUUAAUCAUAUUAAUACUGCUUUGUAGAAUGCUGUCCCCAGGGAAGUUCAGCUGGUGCCUUCACUAUACACCUUUGGGUGCCAGGUGAAGACAUUCCUCUUUAACCAGGCCUUUGGCUGAUUGACAUCCAAUGCACUUUAAAAUGUGUUGUGGAAGGGGGAAAAUUAUUGGUUUGUUCUUGUUUGUAUUAUGCACUUUGUGGUUUUUAUAUUGUAAUUUUAUGAUGUGAUCUGCCCUGAGAUCUAUGGGCAUAAGAUGGUAUACAAAUAAAUAAAUAAAUAAAUAAAAGUGAAUCACCUCCCAUAAAACUAAUACUUGGGUAGUUAAGUUUUAAUAAAUGUAUUUGUUUGCCGCUCCAUCGUUUGCACUCUUAAGAAUAUUGCUUCAAACAUUGUUUUCCAAAGCACUAAGCUGAUUUAAAAUAAUAUUAUUUCUAGACUUCACAGGUACCUGACGAAGCUCUGGAAGCCUUAUCUGGAAGUCUAGGAAAAGUGGAGCCUCACCCAGAAGAAAAGAAGCCUGCUGUCGAUAAAGUGAAGGUAUGCAAAAGUCCAGGGGGCGUAUCAAACAUCUAUCUGUGUGUAACUAUUGGGUCCUCUCUUACUCUCUCUUGGGGGAGGGUACCAAAUUGUUAAAGAACCAUGGAUUUCUGGCACUCCUGGGGGUCCGAGCUCAUAGGAGGCAGCCAUUUCUCACGGCAGGAAACAGGAAGUCCACAGAAUGCAAACUGGACUUAAAACUAAUUUUUUGGAAUACCAGUAAGUAGAGUAAGUGGGCAGUUCCAAUAAGCUGUGUUUUAGUUGAUUGAAACUUUAAUUAUACAUAAAUAAAUAAAUUGGCGUAUACACUUUCAUAUGCUUCUAUGCUACAUGUACUAUUAUGAAACCAAAUGACUGGGGACAGUCUCUCUUUAUACAUGUUGAGAGCUUUCAUUUCCCCCUGCUCAUCCAGGAGAAAGCAAAACAAGAGGAACGUGAGAAACUUGGAGAAGAUGAAGAAACCAUUCCUCCUGAUUAUAGAUUAACUGAAGCAAAGGUGAUUGAUUUUCACUUGUUGCAUGAUCUUUUAAGUCAAAUUAAUUGGAUGAGUAGCAUCUCUAAUAAUUGUAUGUAAUUGUACACCUUAGGUACAAGAUAGAAAACAUUUUGUGUCAAUGAGUGAGAGAGGGUGGGGGCGAGUGUGGUGUUCAGUUUUUCAGGAAAUUGUUCAUAGAAUAAUCAGCAAAGUCCCAGCCCUACUCUAGUCUAUUCUCUUAGCAAUAGAGAUUGUCUUGCUUGGAUGAAGCAGGAAUUAAAUAUACAGCCCUAGGCCAUGGAGGGCACACCCAUGAUUGGGGGCAGUGCAGUUGAUCCAUUCUAAUACUCAUAAGUAGGCAGACAGCUGCAUUUUACUGUAACUGAAGCUCCGCCGUCAACUUCAGAGGCAGCACUGAGUAAAUCACACACCAUAUGAGUCCUGCUUGGAGGUUACAAAAGCAUGGAGCAGUGUAGCAAGAACCCCUCUAUUCAUGAUGAGUGGGUCCUAUCUAGGACAGGCAGUUGGUUAAAAGUGCAGGAACGUGCUUAUCAAAAAACAUAGAGUCCAAAACCACUUUCAGGCUUUCUACUGUUCUGAUCGGUUAGCAUUGCAUUUUAUACAUAAUGAUACUGUGGCAAAUUCGGUCACCUGUCAUAGCUCAUUUGUAGCAGUUAACCAGUGUCAUAUUUUCUCUGCAGGAUAAAGAUGGGAAGCCACUUUUACCAAAACCUCAAGAAAAACCUCAGGUUGGUGAAAAAAUGCUUCUAGCAGGCUGAUUUACAUUUUUUUAAAAUAAAGUUUACGAAGCACAAAAUUUAUUACAACCAGGGACUGGACAAAUGGUUGGCAUAUUCCUUCUACAUUUCCAACACAAAACUGAGAAAAAGUAAUAAAGUGUUUGGUUUCCAAUUAGUUUUCAAGAAUAAGACGGAACAUUUGUUGUGUUCUAAUAUAUAUAUAUUUAUUUCUAGCCCUUGAGUGAAAGCGAACUUAUUGAUGCUCUGUCAGAAGGGUUUUCUAGUUCUUCAGCACCAACAGCAAAGGCUGCCCCAACAGCUGCACCUCAGGUAAGGUGUGUGUGUGUUUAAAAAAGACUUUAUUUAACUUUUAGGCGUAGUGCGAGACAGUUACAUACAAAGAAUCAUAGAACUGUAGAGUUGUAAGGGACCUCAAGGGUCAUCUAGUCCAACCCCCUGCAACGCAGGGAUCUAAACUAAAGCAUCCAUGACCAACCUCUGUUUAAAAACCUCCAAGGAAGGAGUCCACCAUCUUCCGAGUCCCUUCCAACAGAUCUUACUGUCAGAAAGUUCUUGCUGAUACUCUCUGUGAACAAUGUACACACAUUCUUGAUUUGCUGUUAUUUAAUACCGAUCUGAACAAACUGUAUGGGAUGCAGGGCACAUGGCAGUGAGCUGACUGUAGCCCAAACUGAUGUGGACACAGUGUGAAACAGAUACCUGGUUCCUGCCACCUGAUUAUCCUUCACUGUCUUCUGGCACGUGUUUAUGAACCCAUUGUUUUUAUUGUAGAAACCUACAGGUGCUGGCAAACCUGCUGUUGCACCUACCGAAGAAGUGAUCUCUUCUGCUUCUGCUUCUGCAGUCCAUUCAUCGGCUCCUCCGCCACCAGCAGCUACCCCAGUAAGCAGAAUAAUAUUUCCUCCCUGCUUUAGUUUCUGUGACCAAAGCCUUUGACUGCAGUUUAUUUUCCCUUUAAAAACGCUUGGCCUCCUUAUCGUUUAAAGGCUUGUUGAUUAUAGGAACAUAGGAACUGCCUUAUUCCAAGUCAGACCAUUGGUCCAGCAAGUUCAGUGUGGUCUACAGCAGCCUUAACCAACUUGGUGCCUUUAAGAUGUUUUGGACUACAGUCAUGGGAGUUGUGGUCCAAAAUCGCUGGAAAGCACCAGGCUGAUGGAGACUAGCCUUCAGUGACAGACAGUCUUUCCUAGCCCUACCUGGAGAUGUCAAGGAUUGAAUCUGAGACCUUGUGCAUGUAAAGAUGCAGCCAUAUCCCUCAGUUGUAUUUUGGAGUUCAAAAUGUCUGUGCAUAUAACCAUCUUUGGAACAAUAAUUGUCAUUUUUAUAUGGGAUGCUAUUUUUCAAUUUUAAGGUAGAGUGGCUAGCCUCUUAAGUGCUUUUAGUAAUGUUGAAUCAUAGUUUGAGGCUAAUCAAAUUUGUUUUACAGAGAGUUAUAAAACAGUUAUGGGUUGAGGUACACUGGAAGCCAAAGUUGCUUGCUUGCAGCUGAAUGGUUUGGUUUUUUUGCCUGGCUAUGCAUAUUUUGUAACUUUCCAAAGUUUUUUGAGUGCUCUGAAGUUAACUUUCUAUCAUGCUGACUAAAGCAACUCUGAUACCUUUGACGUUUUUUAUUUCUGAGAUUGCAUGUGGCAUAUUUUGUUUUUGCUCUUCUCAAAUCUGUUAGGGUAGGAAAGAACUCGAUGAUGCAGCAGAUCUUCUUGCAGAUUCAUUGGGGCAAAGAGAACCUGACCCAGAUGAAAACAAACCACUUGUUGAUAAAAUAAAGGUGAGAAAAGUGUUUCUUUCCCCCCUGCAGUACAGCUGACUUGACAUGGUUGUGGGUACCAUAUUCAUCUCCCAAAUCUGCAUAGGAAGCUGAGAGAACUGAGCCGGGUGGUGGUGGUGGUGGUGGUGGUUUUGGUUUGUUUGCUUUGGGGGCUAGGGGUUCAGUCUAUGGCUUUCAAGGUCACCCCCUCACCAUUGCUAGCCCACCAUACUACCUCCCUUGUCUUUUGCAACACUUGAGGGCAGAGUGAGGGUCUUCUGAUUUCUGCAUAUUGUACAAGGUAUAUUUAGCUAUGAAAGCAGGGGUCUAUGCGGGGUAUUUUUUGCAUUUCAGGAGGUCCCCUUUCAUGGAAAGUGUUUCGUGGCUUCAAUUGAACUGAAUUUGCUUUCUGUUAAUGUGACAACUAUUUUUUUAAUUGCCAAAGGACGUGUGUAAAUAUAAUAAACCUCUAUUUUUGCAGCGUUCUUUCUGUCUUUGGAUUGUUUUUCAUAAAGUACAGCCUGUUCACAAAUAAGCAGGGAGGCGGGGGGAAUAUUUAUUAUGUAUUCAAUUUAUAUCAGCCCUUCCUUCUGAGAUAACCCAGGGCAGCAAACAUUGCAAUGAUAAAAUGUUAAAAAUAAGUUGUUACUACACAAAUCGCUAUUUUGUGUUUAGUUGUCAUAGGGAAGCUCUAAUGGACUAUGUUACUUUUUACAAUAUUUGGUGUGAUAAUUGUGUUCAUUUGGGGUUUUGUUUCAUGGUUGGUUUUUUUCAAAAUUUAUGGCAACUUUUUUUUGUAUUUUCUACAAUUUGAGGGCAAGUUUAGAUACUGUGUUCUUUGGGUUGAGCGUUCCAGAAAAAUUAAGAACACGACCUCCUGUUGUUGCUUUUACAGGAAAAGGCUAAAUCUGAGCAUAGAGACAAACUUGGAGAGAAAGAUGAAACAAUCCCUCCUGAUUAUAGGCAUAUUCUUGACUCGGAUGAGAAGGUAAACUGACAAUGAACAUGCAGCUUCUUGACAAAUAAUAGAACCAAGGAAGGGAUCAGAGGGAAGUCAAUCUGUUUUGUUUUGUUUUUGCAUUGUUGUUGUUGUUGAUGUUGUUUUUUUGACAUUUGUGGAAAAUCAAUAAAAUGUUAUUUAAAAAAGAAAAUAAAAAGAGAGAGAAGGUAAGCUGAUCCUUUCUGAAUCCAAAUUCAUCUAUACCAGGGUGGGGAACCUGUGGUCCUCCUGACAGUAUUGAGCCUUAACUCCCACCAGCCCUGGCCAUUGGCCAUUCUUGAUCGGGGUGAUGGGAGAUGGAGUCCAGCAACAUCUGGAGAGACAACAGUUUGCCACCCCUAAUCUAUAUUGAUAGAUUUUGCACAUAUAUGUUUAUAAUAUAUCAUAUCAUGUCCUAUCAUAUUUCCAUACUGCUCUUCAUCCAAAGAACCCAGGGUGGUUUACAAUAUAAAAUAUAUAUUGAGGGCCACAUUUUACCAUAACAGAAAUGAGGAACCAGUGGAUCUUAGGUAGUCAAGUCCCCAUGUUGUUUUAAAACGAUAUUUUAUAAUGCACCUUAUAAAAUAAAGUCAGUAAAAUAAACAAUGAUACAUUUUAUAAUGCACAUUUUAAAAACUGGCUUUAUUUUGAAAAGGUUUAGGCUAACUGGUUUAACUUAAGAUGUUUAUCUUAUUUUAUAGGUAAUUUUAAAUUUUGUAGGAUGCAAAUCCUGCAAUAAAUAAAUAAGUAAAUAAAUUCUGCUUUUUGUUGUUGAAGGGGAAGCCAACAGGCAAGGAUGCUGAGAAACCCAAAGAACAAAAGGUAAGAAGGCGCUGCUCUUAACUAAAUGCUAUUACUUGCCUGUGGGUUGCAUUUACGUAGCUAUUUGGAAGAGGGCUGUUCCGCUAUAAAAGCUCCCAGAGUGGCUUACAUAAAAUGAGUAUCAAACAAGAUAAUCCCCAUGAGCAGGAUUACCAACUAAAAGGCACAACACAAAAGGAAAGAAGAAUGGGAGAGGAGAGGAAAGAAAACUUGAGCACUAAUUUUUAAAGUUACAAAUUUCUUAUAAUGGCAACUUGAAUGAAAACCAAAUGAAAUGGUUUUUCAGAAAAGCAGAUGAAGUAGCCCUCCCUCUGCUCCACACUGCUGUUCUAACUCAAUUCAUUCUACUUGUGGCCAAUGAGGGACUACCACAGACCUCAAAAAAAGAAACCUGUACAAUGAUAAUUCAGAAAAGGUUCCUUAUUUUAAUGGCACCUGCUGAUUUGGUGGCACUUAUAGUAGAAGCUUAAAAUUCUUUUUUGGGCGUAGAACCAACCAUUUAAACAUUGGAAAUGGGAGGCUAUGUUUAAGUAAGGCGUUUAUUUUCCAUAUCACUUAAUACUCACAUUUUAAAAAUAUUAUUUUUUUAUUGCAGAAGCCAGCUGAUGACUCGGCAGCUAUUGAUGCCCUUUCAGGGGACUUUGAUAAUUGUGGGAAACCUCCUGUUUCUCAGCCUUCAACAAAGGUGAGGAAGCCCAUUUUUAAGAUGCUCCUUAAAUCACCAAGUAAGCAUAAGUGAAAGCAAAGAUUGCAACAAAAACCAACAGGCUUUUAUGCAUGCUACUAAAACUGCAACUGGUUGUUAAUAGGCAACUGACAAAUGAGAUUCCUGCUGUUUUUAUUUGCAGUUCAACUGCUCUGAGCAAAAUAAUGCUGGUGCCGCUCUGAAGAUGCACAGUAUUAAUUAGCCUGGUUAAUACAUUGUUUUAAAAAAUAUAGUCACCCCUUCUCGUUUCCACUUUCUGCAUAUGACUUUGCUCAAGAGUGACAUCUACCUGUAGAUGCCCUUGCAUUUUCUUUUCUGUCUUGCAGAAUUUAACUUUCCCACUGCCUUUUUGUUUCAGGAGUUUGGGCUUUGGCCUCCUUAAGGAACGAAGACUUUAUUACAUCUUAAAACUGGUCUGUGUUUCUACAGGCAAAAACUCUUUUGACUCAUUCAGCAUUGCUGCUUCUGUUGGCAGCCUUGCCCUUAACAGGACUGCCACAAAGAGGUUGUUCUGAGGUUGAUUCCACUUGGGUUUAUAAGGCUUUGAAUGUAAUGUAAAGAGUUUCUCUAGAAAAGGGAGACUUUAUGCUGCUUUUAUCCAAAGAUUUCAGAAAUAAUCAGUUUAUUCAUUUCAUGGAGGUUACCCUCCUUGGAACAUUAGCCGGAGUUUCUUAAAGGCCAAUAUAAUGAAAGUGUUAAAUACCCCUUAAUUACAUCCAUGCAGAUAAUUGAGCUUUAUUGGCAAUCAUUAACCACUUGAAUGUGAAUCAUAGAACUCCUCCUGUUGAAGUUUCCAUCUCUCCAUUGGACCCCCAAAAAUAAUGGUUGGCUCUAUUUCACAUUUCCCUCUACCCUUUUGGGCACAUAUCUUAUGCUUGCUAAAACUGUAAACUCUUGUGACAUUUAAAGACCUUUUCUCACAAUAAAGCUGUCUCAAGCAUGGACGUAUUUAUGGAACUGCCUCUCUUACCACUCAAAGGGCCAGUUGUUGUUUUUUUGUAGAAGGCAGCCUGUUUGUCUCCAACACAAUGGUGAAUAUGCAUGAUUCUUCCAAGUGUCUUUUUCUGUGCCCAUCCAUUGAAAUGACUGGAGCUUAUUCCAGAGUGUAAGAUGAGUUUAUCCCAUGAACAGUAUAUAUGAAAUGGUAUCAUCUACCUACCCUAUAUUUUGAACUGGCAGAAAGUCUCAUUAUCUUUUUUGGCAGGAAUAAAACCAGCUUUGGUGUGAUGGGCAAUUUUAAUUGGGAAACAGUAUGUAGGGUACAAGGGGGGGGGGAGAAGUUGCUUUCUCCUCAGACUGUUUUCCUCUUCUGAUUACAGCCUCAGUAGUUGUAUAAAAGAAAGAUGGUGUCUCCUUAAAAGAACCAUGGAACUAUAUGGAACUCAGAGUUUUGCCCUUAGAGAGUGGCUAGCUUUAGGGUGUUUACCCCACCUUGCAAACUGCUGCCUGGGUGUGCAGCCUUUCCAGAUUAUUCAUGUCAGCAUUCCAGACUCCCAAUUGAUCCACUUUGUGUGGCUCUCGCGGAAGUAACAGUUUCCUCAAAAAAUCUUUUACCAAACUCUUUCAGACUCAGGUGUGUUUUAAUCCAAAUACUCAGGAGGUUUUUCUCUCUGGUAUAGGAUGAAAAAACAAAAGAUGCUGCCACAUCAAAACCAGCUAGAAAAGAUGAAAAGAAAUCCAAAUCCAGAAAGGUAAGAAAUUGUUGAUUAGAAAGAUGAAAUUUUGCAGAGUGUAGUUAGACCAGCCACGGCCCAUUUUAUAAACUUCAGGCAGUUCUGAGACACUCUGCACAAUUCCUCAACACUUGUCUUCCACAUCUACUGCAAGCCAGGAGGCUUGUCCUCCUUUUCCACCAUCACUGGAAUAGAAAUCUUCACAAAGCUGUUGUUGUGCACUUUUGGAAGGAUUUGAGAAUAGGGGAGGGAAUGAAGAGAGGUGGGAACAUUGGUAGGAGAAUUCUGGGUAGGCAUGUUCUGUCUUAAGAGGUAUAGUGCACAUACCCUCAUGGUAUAUUCCAACCCUCUCACUGUAUGUUGUGAGAGUGCCAAACUGAGGACCAAGAUUUCUAUGACUUCCCCCUAAUCUGUGGCAUUUUAGCCACAAAACAUCUGUUUUGCAGGACCUUAGAUCCACUGUUAUUUCACUGUAAAUGUAAACUGCCUGCUGUCCUUGUGUUAGGCUCUUGUACAGUGAUGUACAACAUGGUUAUGCACCCUGUUUCACCUUUAAUUGUUAAAUCCUAACUGAUUAAUGAUCAGAGCUGUGUUCAAGUGUAAAAAAAUUGUGAUUGGUGAAAAUAAACACCUAAUUUGAAGGCCAGUUACACAUGCAGUUGUACUCGAGGCUACGUUGAACGAUGUAUGCCACAAAUAGCAAUCACAGAUCAUGUAAGUCAUCUUAUGACUAUAAUCACUGCGCAGUGAUCAUGAAUGUAGCCAUUCGUUUUAAGUGCCAAACUAUGUGUUACAUAGGAUGUCCAACAUUUGUGGCACAGAGGAAGAUUGGGAUGCUCAACUCUUUCUUCCUCCCUGCAUUUCCCCCAAUCUAGGAUUGUGGGCCUCCUGGUGGUGGUUAGCGUGCAUUUGUGUGUAGAAAACGAAUACCUGUAUUCCCCACUCUCUCUCAAACUGACAGCCUCUUUCACAAAGAACUAGUGCUUUAAUCAGAAACAAUUGAAGGAAGGGAGCGUUCAGCUCCCCUGUGCCACUGUUAUGACCAAAUGCUGGCUCUCUCCAGGGAUGCAUGAAAAUAAAAACAAAACUUCAGAAAAGCCAUUCAUGUGUAGUUUUUAGCCCUUUCAAAUGUGUGUCUCUCCACUUCCUUAUUCAUGGCAAACACUUUGAUUUCAAGCUUUGUUUUACUUAAAUGGCUGUGUUUUAUUUCAAAUAUUUAUUCACGGUGUUUGUUAUGUGACCUCAGCAUUCCAGCCAAUAACAUGGUUGUUGCUUUUUCCCAUUAAGGCAAAGGAGCAGUCUUCCAGUGCAAAAUCUGAGAAACAGAAAAAGAGUUAAAUGUUACCAGGUAAGAACUGUUAGACUUAAUCAUGCAAAUUUGUGUGCAUCCUUUAUGCAUGAAGAAUGAAUUGAUUUUUCUGAAAAUACGUGUUUCCACUCCCUUCCAUUGUGCACCCAGCAGAGAUUUGUGCAUUUUGGUUCCUCCACCUUUGGGUUCUCCCCCAGACCCACUGGCAACACUGCCCUGUAAGAGGGUUAGAAGCUGUUUCAGGUUACAGUUGCCUGUUUAGCUCUAAGGUACCCCAUCCCUUAUUCCUGGAGUCAGUAUAGGCCGAGAUAGCUUGUUUGUGAGGCUUCACAUCUACCAAACUCUUAAUGAGUGGACUGACCCACAAUAUUUAUAUACUGCAUGUGCAGAGCUGUUUUCUACAUAGAAUAUUCUAAGUGCAGUUCAACCAAGAAACCGACUGACUAUUGGUUGGUUGCACUUUAGAUUAGUAAAAGCUCUGAGUAUGCUUGUGUUUCACACUGCACCUGGCAUGCUAAAUUGUCCUUCAAACAGUAUAUUCAAAAUUACUUUUGCAUUUAGCAAAACGUGAGAAACAUGCAUCUUUAAUGUGAAAUAUGCAUUAUAUAUGGGUAAAGCAUCUUUGUAAAGUACCUUUAAAAUGCUGGAAUGGUUCCAGAAAAAGGACACCAGCAUUUAUUAUUGAAAUACUUUUUGAAAAUUAAAUGCAUGAGAUUUCACAUACUGUUAAGUAGCAGGAAUUCUAUCAAUUGGUAUUAAUUUCCCCAAGAGCUCUGAAAAUUAAAAUACCUGCUCUAAAAAACAAGGGUCUAAAAAUGUAAGUUUUCUUGCAUUUCACGGUCAUGUCAAGAGAGUUGAAUCUGGAUCAAAGUUGGCUUUGGAUCUUGCACAUCCCUCUCUUUUCCUCUUACUGCUGCAGAGGCUUUCAUGGCAGCUUUGAGGGGCUUUGAGACCUCUCUCAGAGAACAUCCUAUGGGUCCUUGGAAGAUCCUUCACCUAUUUCAUGCUUGUAUACAGAAUUGCUGCUGUAUGCUUCAGUUGCAGCCUCUAGUGCCUCUCCUUUUUUGAGAGAGAGAGAGAAGUUUCUUGCUUUGGCAGCACCUGUUUUCCGCUUGAGGCAAGCAACCACCAUCAGAGUGAGCAAAUUACAUUGAAUAGGGCAGGCAAGGGGAGCUGAUACUUGUACAGUGGUACCUUGCAAGACGAAUGCCUCGCAAGACAAAAAACUCGCUAGACGAAAGGGUUUUUUGAGCUGCUUCGCAAGACGAUUUUCCCUAUGGGCUUGCUUCGCAAGACGGAAACGUCUUGCAAGUUUGCUUCCUUUUUCUUAACACCGUUAAUACAGUUGCGACUUGACUUCGAGGAGCAACUCAUAGAACGCGGUGUGGUAGCCUUUUUUGAGGUUUUUAAAGACUUUGGUGAUUUUUGAAGCUUUUCCAAAACUUUCCCGACACCAUGCUUCGCAAGACGAAAAAAAUCGCAAGACGACAAAACUCGCGGAACGAAUUAAUUUCGUCUUGCGAGGCACCACUGUACAGCCUCACAAACACCAUCACACAGGGCUCAUCCAAACUUCCUUUUGCAAUGUGCUUUCCAGGCAUGAGUCUGCACUUUCUAAGUCUGUGCCUGAGCAGGGUUUUGGGUUUUUUGUCCUACUGCUUUCCCAGGAAAAUCUGCCGAUUACCACUGAAUCAGAACAAAUGGCAAGGAAGUCUGCAUGAGCCCACAUAUAGACCAUGCUGGUGGUUUCAACUUGCAUAUUUAUUUUUUGUUGGGAACCUGCUGAAUUCUCUUUUAUGAGAUAACGUUUCCUCCCCUUACUGGCUAAAUAAUGUGCUCUCUUUUCCUCUCUGUCUAGGCUUUUCAGCGCUAAUGCAAAAAAGUCUUCAUUUUGCUGGUGGAUAGCUGCACUUGAACAAAAAAAAGAAAAGAAGAAGCUAUUUUGCAGAAGCAAGAUAGUCUCCCGGGUGGUUUUUGUAUCAUGGUAUUUGGAUAUAAUGGCAUGGGAGGCAUGAAUCUUACUAUUUUCAAGGAUGACCUUUUUCCAUUUAUUUUACUGUCUCUUAUUUUGUAAUUUUCUUCAGUUAUGAGAGGGAACGGACGCUUUAUAUUUGUAAGAAAAGUAUUUCUACGGAUUUAAUAGCAAUGCAAAAAGAAAAAAAAGUCUGCAAAUUUUGCACAUAAUCUACACAUAGUGCCUGCAAAUCUCAGCAGAGUUCAGAAAAGCUGUGGUUUGGUUUUUGGUUUUUUAGUAUAAUGAAUGCUCUAAAUAUUCUGGAAUAUAAUGCGUUUUGGCUAUCAUCUGCCUGCGUGUAUUCCUUUUGAAGAAUAGUUAGUGAGAAGUGAGUAAUCAGUUGCUAAGAUUUAAACAUGGGAGAAGAGUAGAAGCGAUUGUUUCUCAGUCCUUGGCUUCUAAUAACAUAGUAUUCAAUAUGAACAGUGCCGCUAGUAUUUUCAUUUGAAACCUUGAGUUCUGAUUGUGACCGCCUGUCAGUGGCUUGCAGAAAGGGCGUAAUAUUGCAUCUGAAUUGCUAUUGCAUAGGGGUACUCCAGAAAGGAUGCACAUAGGACUCCAAUAUGUUCCUAUAAGUUACACUGGUAUAGCUCCUCCCACCCCACCCCCAGAAUCCAGAUUACACAGCUUGUUUCUGAUGUAUAAAUUCACAUCACAGCUGAAUACAGAGGUGCUUUGUGAACUAAUUUGGAUGCAAUGCUUGCUCAACUUCCAUGUUUUAUUCCCCACCCCCCUUUUUGGUAUUCCUUGCAGUGAGAAAAGCUAUGGCUCCAACAGCAGGUUCUGAUAUGCUUUGCAUUAUGAGUAGCAAUUUUUUUAUUGACUUUUGGAGUAAGGUGCUACUCCUGGUUUGGUCAAGUCUGCUUCCAGGUAGUUAGUUCUCUAGACUACCAUGGGUCAAAUAUAUAAGCCGCAGCCUGCGAGGAAUAUCAACUGUGCAAGCCCCUUUGAACUGCAUGGGAGUUACACAGGAGCGUGGCCACUUUCUGCCAUCGCUCUUACUUACUUCAAAAGGAGCAAGCGCAGGAGAUGUUCCUCUGGGGACAUCAGAAUUUUGACUGUCCUUGACAAUCUAAUGUUAAUACCGGACUGUUUUUGAAAGUCUGUAUUAAGAUUGCCUGUCACACUAAUAAAGUUUUAGAAUGUAUUACCUUGUAAAUUGUGUUUGUGAACUGUGUCCUUAAUACAUGGUUAUUAUUGCCAUUGUUAGACAAGAACACUGGCUGUGUCUAGAAGAAGGUACCUUUUACAGGUUUCGACCAAACCGAAAUACCUCCUCUAUCCCAAUGCAGCAGUUAUUUUGGCUGUGUCUAGAAGAAGGUACCUUUUACAGGUUUCGACCAAACCGAAAUACCUCCUCUAUCCCAAUGCACAUUUAUUUUACUGGAUCUUGUAGUUUACAGCUGCGUCUGGAAGAAUGGCUUCUCAUUAAGGGGGCAAGCCUUAGGCUUGCAUGCUCCCACUCUCACCCACUGUCUCCUCUCGGGGCAGUCAUCAGAUCAGAAGUACUUGUUUCAGUUAAAUACUGUUCAGUAUUAUCUGAGACUGUGGUCUGAAACGGACAGCUGCAUAAACUGCAGUUAAGAGUUAACCUUACCUUAUCUGAGUUCAGAAAUAAUGCGAAAGUGGACCUAUGGAAUCAAAAGGUCCUGAUCCUCUGCAGGUGAAGUAAUGGAUGUUACUUGCUACAGUAUAGUUGGCAACAUUCCAGCUAUGGAAAAGUCAGAUUUUCUACAUCCCAACAGAUAUCUCUCCUUCCUCCAUCCACACAAGCAAGAGGCAUACACAAGCAUUUGAGAAGGGAAUGGCCUAGUAGGAGUCCCAGACUCUAGUUAGAGAGGCAUAAAGACCUGGUCUAAGAGAGGUCCAAUUUUCACCACUCCUGUUGUAAAUGCAUAACUUGACAUGCAUGCAAGGCCUUAAUGCUAUUUCCUCCACUUUGGAAGUAUAUUUCAUAUUUUCCAACCUCUGUCAUUAGAAUAAGCUCAAAUAUAUGUAGUAAUCAGCGUUCCAGUUUUUAGAAUUUUAUAAAAACUUACGUUUACAAAAGUAGCAUUUUUCAUAUCUUUUCAAGAACUUACCAUUCUUCAUUCUGAAAUCAUGCUUCAUGCUUAGAUGCUUGUUCUGCUAUUGAUGUGUAACCAAUCCUUGAUUUUUUCAAGGUUCUUAUCCAUCCACUGAAUAUUUUCUUCAAUGGUUUCUACUGCUUGGUAGACAGCACGGAGCUCUGAAACUUUUUUGCCUUGGGAGUUGAAGAAACUUUUUACCUGUUGAGU